AUGCUGAAAAAGCCAACACUGACUAAACGAUCUGAUCACAUCCAGUUUCUGCAGGAUCUGUGUGGGAACAGACAGUGCAAUACGCAGCUUCUUUUCGACAUGCUAGGAUUCAAUAAGAUAAAAAUAGAUUCGGUCUUUAAACUCAUUGCCAGCAUGAGGCUAAGUGUGAGUGACAGACACAUGCUGCUUGAUCUCCACACUCCAGCCAGGUCCCCAAGGUAGAAAACAGUCUCUGAAUCUUUAUUCAUGAGAAAGUCAGACGUUCUACCUCUGAACUCUUUCAUUUAUUUUCUCAGUUGAAGGAUUUAAUGCCAGGAUAAAAAAAAAAAAAAUUCAUAAGUCAUAUAUUAUUUUUUGCUGGAAGUUCCAAAAAAUCCAGGUUCUGCAUUUCUGAAAAAUACACAAUACAAGGUAAAUUGAUUUUUAUUGCUAAAAAAAAAAUAUUACUGAAUAAUUGAUAAUUAUUGCAUUAAUUCCAGAAUGAUUCAUGUAGUCAUAAUGGCAAUGGGAGAUCAAUGAGGUUUAAAGUGAAACAUUAAUUUAAUAUGCAUCCCUGUUAAAUUAAUUUGUUUAAGUUUAUUUUGUUUUGUUGUUUAUAUUCUUUGGUUUUUUUUAUCUUAACUUUAUUAACCAAACACAUUAAGUUAAACUUUCUUUUCCUUUUUUUUAAAUUAAUUUUUGUAAUUAAUAAGUUCAAAAUGUUCUUUAUUACAUUGUUGGCACGCUGGAGUUCUAUCAAUGUAUCCGUCACUGCUAUUUAUAUUUUCUGUCAAGAAAUAUGAGAUCUUUCAAUACAACAAGUACUGUUACUCAACAAGUUAAGCAUGUAAAGUAAUUAUUCAACACAAUAUAUUUUCAUUCAAAAUGUGAUACUCCUCAUAUAGACCUGAGUAGAGCAAGGAUGUAUGUGAAUGAAGCACUUCUACAACUCACUAAGGAAAAAUCUAGAUUAUCAGACAGAUGUUUGAAAAUAUACAGCAUGCAGUUUUACACGUGGUGGCCAAAUUAAAAAGUGCAACAUUUUUUUUUUUUAAAUGGAGCAUUGUGCUCCAAAUUGCAAAGUACCCAACUAAGAGAUUAGAAUACAUGGUGAAAAAUUGAUCAAGGCUAAACAGGUGUUAGUUUGGGUGCUUAGUGCUAAAUGUUAAGACAUUCUAUUGGUUUUCAUGGUGAUUGCUCUUUAUUUAUCACUUUGCCUCAGAAUAUCACCCGUUUUUGCUCUCCAAAAAUAGAAGAAAACUGCUCCCAUCUACCAAAAGUAUAACUAUUCAUUGGUUAACGCUAACCAUAUUUAUUAGAAAAAAAAAGAGAAAAAAUAUAUAAUCUCUUAGCUGGGAGAAAUUCUAAACUGCAGCAUUACAUAAUUCAAAAUAAAUAGCGUAAUAUGACAUUUUGUUUACUUUUCACUUGGGGAGAGGGGCUUAUUUGAUUACAAUAUUUAUCAUUCUGUUAUUAAUUUUGUGUAGCCUUAUGCAAAAAAAAAAAUGAAAAGAAAUUGCUUAAGUAUUUUCUAUUAAAUAAGAGGGACUAACUUAAAACUUGAUAAAAACACAUUAUAGCUUAGAUCAAUGCUGUCCAACCUCAUAUACCCAGGACAUACUUGAAAACGAGAGAAAUCUCAAUGUAUCUUUCCUGGUAAAAUAUUUUAUAAAUAAAUUAAAAUAAUAUACAGAGAGACAGAUUUUGUUGGAGCUUGUCCUAAUAAGAGUAGUAUAUAAAAACUAUUAUUAUUAUCAUUUUAUAAUUGUUAUCAAUUUGACUUUUUCCCUGUCCUGUAGCCUAAUAUUGCUUCCCUAGUUCUAUCCCAUACUCGAUUCCUCUCUCCACUGUCCAACACACUCCAGUCUCAUUAUUCUCACUAAACCUUGUGCCAGCCUUUUGGCUUACUACUCAUCCCUGUUCUCUAAAAACAUCCAGUUAUACCAUCCUUAGCAUCCAGUCUCAUCCAAUACCCUCCCCAGAAACUUAGGGUCGUUCAAAGAGAAUUCAAAGUGAAUUUCAGAUUUAAGGUGAACAUAACCAAACUGGAAAACAAAUCUAAGUUGCCUAUACGUUUAUUACAGCUCACUUUGGUAAAUAACACUAGUAAUACUUCCCCUUCUUCCACAGCUCCUCACACCAAUCACUAGUCACCCUUUCAUUCCAUCUCCCCUCCACAUUCCAUCUCACCCCUUCAUCAUUUACCUUCUCCAAUCAUCACUCCAUUUGUAUCUCUUCAAUUUUUAGUCUCCAUACCCUUUCUCAUUCCAUAAUCCUUACACCAUUCCAUCUUUUCUUCCUCUCCAAAUUCCAUCUCACCCUGCUUCCUUGCUUAUGCUAUAUCCUUGCCCUCCUAAGAGGGAUAUGUAUACCUCUAUUACAUACCUACUUCCAUAGGUGUGCGCACGGGGUGUGCCGGGUGUGCCUGUGCACACCCUAAUCCCUGCGGCACGCACUAUGUAUUGAGUCCUGCAGGAAUAGGAUUCCUUUUCCUUUUUUUGAGCAGGAACGCUGUUCCUGCAGGCACUCUGCCCCCCCACCGCCGUCGGACGCCUGUCUCCAGAUCAGACGCGGCGAGGGAGCUGUGUCAACUCUGGUCCCUCGCGACACGCGCCAUUUGCUGAUGUCGGGAGCCGGAAUAUGAUGUCAUAUUCUGGCUCCCAACUACUGUAGACAGCCCGCGCGGCGAGAGGCAGCAGAGAGGACACCGCUCCCUCGCUGCGUCUGAUCUGGAGACAGGUGCCCGCCCCACUGGACCCCACGGACAGGUUCACGCCAGCUCUCCAGGUAGGGAGGCUGGGUGGACAUUUUUUAAUAAAAAAAAUAAUAAUUUGUAUGUGUGUGUGUAACAUAGAAACAUAGAAACAUAGAAACAUAGAAACAUAGAAACAUAGAAACAUAGAAUGUGACGGCAGAUAAGAACCAUUCGGCCCAUCUAGUCUGCCCAAUUUUCUAAAUACUUUCAUUAGUCCCUAGUCUUAUCUUAUAGUUAGGAUAGCCUUAUGCCUAUCCCACGCAUGCUUAAACUCCUUUACUGUGUUAACCUCUACCACUUCAGCUGGAAGGCUAUUCCAUGCAUCCACUACCCUCUCAGUAAAGUAAUACUUCCUGAUAUUAUUUUUAAACCUUUGUCCCUCUAAUUUAAGACUAUGUCCUCUUGUUGUGGUAGUUUUUCUUCUUUUAAAUAUAGUCUCCUCCUUUACUGUGUUGAUUCCCUUUAUAUAUUUAAAUGUUUCUAUCAUAUCCCCCCUGUCUCGUCUUUCCUCCAAGCUAUACAUGUUAAGAUCCUUUAACCUUUCCUGGUAAGUUUUAUCCCGCAAUCCAUGAACCAGUUUAGUAGCCCUUCUCUGAACCCUCUCUAAGGUAUCAAUAUCCUUCUGAAGAUACGGUCUCCAGUACUGUGUACAAUACUCCAAGUGAGGUCUCACCAGUGUUCUGUACAAUGGCAUGAGCACUUCCCUCUUUCUACUGCUAAUACCUCUCCCUAUACAACCAAGCAUUCUGCUAGCAUUUCCUGCUGCUCUAUUACAUUGUCUGCCUACCUUUAAGUCAUCAGAAAUAAUCACCCCUAAAUCCCUUUCCUCAUAUGUUGAGGUUAGGACUCUAUCAAAUAUUCUGUACUCUGCCCUUGGGUUUUUACGUCCAAGAUGCAUUAUCUUGCACUUAUCCACAUUAAAUGUCAGUUGCCACAAUUCUGACCAUUUUUCUAGUUUACCUAAAUCAUUUGUCAUUUGGCUUAUCCCUCCUGGAACAUCAACCCUGUUACAUAUCUUAGUAUCAUCAGCAAAAAGACAUACCUUACCAUCAAGACCUUCUGCAAUAUCACUAAUAAAAAUAUUAAAGAGAAUGGGUCCAAGUACAGAUCCCUGAGGUACCCCACUGGUGACAAGUCCAAGCUUCGAAUAUAUUCCAUUAACUACAACCCUCUGUUGCCUGUCACUCAGCCACUGCCUUACCCAUUCAACAAUAUUUGAAUCCAAACUUAAAGAUUGCAGUUUAUUGAUAAGCCUUCUAUGUGCAACAGUGUCAAAAGCCUUACUGAAAUCUAGGUAAGCAAUGUCUACUGCACCACCCUGAUCUAUAAUUUUAGUUACCCAAUCAAAAAAAUCAAUAAGAUUUGUUUGGCAUGAUCUCCCUGAAGUAAACCCAUGUUGUCUCUGAUCUUGAAAUCCAUGUGUUUUUAGAUGUUCAUCAAUCCUAUCCUUUAACAUGGUUUCCAUCACUUUCCCCACUACUGUAUGUGUGUAUGUGUGUGUCUGUGAGUGUAUGUGUGUGUCUGAGUAUGUAUGUGUGUUUGUGUGUGUGUGUGUGUGUGUGUGUGAGUCUGUGAGUGUAUGUGUGUAUGUGUGUGUGUGAGUGUAUUUGUGUGUGUCUGUAAGUGUGUGUGUGUGUCUGAGUGUAUGUGUGUGUGUCUGUAAGUGUGUGUCUGUGAGUGAGUGAGUGUGUGUGUGAAUGUAUGUGUGUGUGUCUGUAACUGUGUGGCUGUGUGAGUGUGUGUGAGUGUAUGGGUGUGUGUCUGUAAGUGUGUGUCUGAAUAUGUGUGUGCACGAGUACAUAUAUGUGUGUGUUUGUGUAUGUGUGUCAAUGUGUGUGUGUCUGUGAGUGUAUGUGUGUGUGUCUGUGAGUGUAUGUGUGUGUGUCUGAGUAUGUGUGUGUCUGUGAGUGUGUGUGUGUGUGUGUGUGUGUGAGUGUCUGUGAGUGUAUUUGUGUGUCUGUAAAUGUAUGUGUGUCUGUGUGUGUGUCUGUGAGUGUAUGUGGGUAUGUGUGUGUGUGUCUGAGUGUAUGUGUGUGUGUCUGUAAGUGUGUGUCUGUGAGUGAGUGUGAAUGUAUGUGUGUGUCUGUGAGUGUGUGUGUGUGUGUGUGUCCCCGUAAGCGUGUGUGUCUGUAAGUGUGUGUUUGUGAGUGUGUGUGUGUGUCUGUAUGUGUGUGUCUGUAUGUGUGUCUGUAUGUGUGUGUCUGAGUAUGUGUGUGCAUGCGUAUAUAUAUGUGUGUGUCUGUGUAUGUGUGUCAAUGUGUGUGCGCAGCAUUACAUGGGAGAGUUCCACACUUUAUUCCCCUGGACUUCUCCGGAGAUCUCCGGAUCUCCCCUGUCGGCUCACGCAGAGUCUGCGCUAUCUGCUGGCUCUACUCUAAGCCUCCAUGGGCUGGCGGGGAGAUCAAAGAUCUACCUCACCAGCCCACAGCAGCAUAGAGGGAGGCAAGAGGUCCCGGGGAGCUCUAGGCAGCAGCUCCGCCAAGUUCUUCUCACGAGAUCUGAACAUUGCCACGGCAAUGCUCAGAUCUCGUGAAGUAACUCUAGCCCCGAGGCUAGAGUUCACUCUCCACUGGACCACGAGGGAUGGCACAUGGCAGCAAGGAUCCCCCCUCCCUACAUAAGGUAAGAAGGGAGGGGGGAUAUUUACUAAUCUGCCCCCACCUCCACAAUCCCUCCAAACAUACAGCACAAACACACUAACAGCACACACACACAGUAGUGUAUGUGUGUGUGUGUAUAUAUAUAUAUGUAUAUAUGUGUAUGUGUACAUAUAUACACAUGCGGCGUGUGUUUGUGCUUUAGAGUGCACACCCUAAUGCGCACGCCUAUGCCUACUUCAUCUCGUAUUUUUACAAUUUCCCCCUCAUACCCUCAAAUGUUAUCUCUCAUUGCCCCUUCUAGUUGAUCUCAGUCUGAGUGCAUGCACGGAUAUUUAUGUAUCAUCUCCACAUAUUUUUCCCCUUUUUGCAUUUUCAAUAUCUCUUCUCCCCUGUUUUCCCCACCACGUGCAUAUUCAAAGGCUGGAUGAUGCACCACAUAGUCAGCAGUGCAGCUUAUGUCAGGAGUCUGUCGUUUGUGAUUUGUGUUAGUUCUGCGGGUGCAGUGUCCCCUGUGAAUUCAUUUCUCUGUCAAUGGUAGAAUUUAUUUAUAUGAGUGAUGUUACAUCCACCUGCGUAUUUGACAAGCUUCAAAUUUGCACUUUUUAUAAAAUAAAAAAAAAAAGAACACAAAAAACUAAUAAAGUACUUUCCCAAGGAAGUGUUUCCGGAGUGUCCCUUUAAUACAGUGUUACAAUCAUAUACACUUCUGACUUGUGUUCAUUGAGUUCAUUGAGAAUAAUCAUAUUGUAUAUAUGGUGAUCAACCACAACAUUAAAACCACCUGCCAAAUAUCGUGUAGGUCCUCCCCAUGCUGCCAAAACAGCUCUGAUGCACCAAGGCAUGGACAUCACAACACCACUGAACGUGUCUUGCUGUAUCUGGCACCUCAGAUCCUUUAAGUACUGCAAGAUAUGAGGUUGGGGAUCAAUGGAUUGGAUUUGCUGUUCCAGCACAUGCCACAGAUGCUCAAUCAGAUUGCACCUUGCACUAUUCGUCAUGUUCCUCAAACCAAGAACUAUUUUUUUGCAGUGUUAAGGGUACAUUAUCCUGCUGAAAGAGCCCACUGCCAUCAGGGAACACCACUGUGAUGAAGGGGUGUUCGUGGUCUGCAACAAUCUCUAGGUUGUUGGUAUGUGUCAAAGAAACAUCCACAUGAAUGCCAGGACUCAAUGAUUCACAGCAGAACAUUGCUCAGAGCAAAAUACUGACUCCACCGGCCACCUGAUCUAUGAGAAUACCUGAUUCAUCAGACCAGGCUACCUUCUUUCAUGGCUCCAUGGUCCAGUUCUGAUGCUUACGUACUUAUUAAAUGUGCUUUCGUUGGUAGACAGGGGUUAUCAUAGCCACUCCAUACACAGCAAACUGUGAUGCACUGUGUGUUCUGACAUCUUUUUUUUAUGUCCAGAAUUAAGUUUUUCAGCACUAGCCUUUGCUCCAUACAUGUCGGUUCACCGGUUGUCCUUCCUUGCACCACUUUUGUUGGUACUAACCAUUGCAUGCCCCACAAUACUUACCAUUUUGGAGAUUCUUUAACCCAGUCAUCUAGCCAUUGUUAUUUGGCCAUUGUCGAAGUCAUUCAGAUCUUUUCAUCCAUUUUUCCUGCUUUCAACACAUGAAAUUAAAGAACUGACUGUUCACUGGUUGCUUAAUAUUUCUCACCCCUUGACAUGUGCCAUGGUAAUGAUAUAAUCAAUGUUAUUCACUCCAUCUAUCAGUGGUUUUAAUGUUGUGGCUGAUCAGUGUAUUAUGGAACUAGUCUAAGGCGCAACUUCUCAUUUUUACCAUCCUAAUAUCCAAAGGUUAUUAAAAGUUUGCAUAAAGUGGGCACAUAUCUCACUUUUUACAUUCACUUGAGCUGAAGUUAAAAAUGUUAGUUUCAGGAAAAAUAUUUCUGCAGUCACACUGCAUGCACUUAAAAGCUAAAACAAUUGGUCCUGUACAGCCAGUAUACCUUGUGUAGAUUAACUUUUCCAACAGGACAAACGGUUGGGUUGACAAAAACUGGAUAGCAGCCAAAUUUCAGGUGUGCAGUGUUUUUAUAUUUUUUUUAAACCACCAGCCAUCGCUUUGUUCAAAGAAUGAGGGCUACUGCUCCAACAAAAUUUGGAGCCUAGGCCUCAAUGCUUGUAUAGAACACACUAAUUAAACAUUAAAAUUUGUGUCAAGCACAUUGCAUCUGUUUUAUGCCAUAUUACGGUUUUGUGAUAAACCAGGUAUAGGUUCAAACCCUGAUUAAAGAAGUUAAGAAGUUUGUUUUCCAUAUAUUUAUUACAAUUAAGCAUGCGCUUCCUCGAUCAGAACUUUUUUUUCUUUUACUGACUCCGUGGGUUUAUUGUGUACUGCAGAUAGAAAAUAGACUUUUCUCCUGCACUUUGGGCACAACAGAUGUUUGAGGAACCUUACUGUUUUUUUUCUGGUCAUGCUACAAAACAAAUCUCAAAAUAAAACAUGCUUUAAAUGUAAGUAGAAAUAAUCCCUUUAACGAUUGUGGAACAGGAGGAUGGGAUCCCAUUACCUUGCCACUCGCAUAUAUGGAAUAUAAGCAACCUGGUGGAUCUAAAGGCUUUCUUUCCUAUAUAAAUAUUGAAAGUGCAAGCAUAGCAUGUGCUACUUCACAUCAUUUUUCAUUGUUAAACAUCAUAGCAACUUCUUUGGAUAAUAUAUAUUGUUUGAAUAUUGACUUAAAUGUAAUGUGGUGUGCUAAGUGACUAUCACACCAUUCAACUUUACAUUUCACUAUAUGCUCUAUAUGUGAAUUCCAGAACUAGCCUAUGCAUUCUAUUGAGUGAGUAAUACAAUUUUCAUAAAUAUUCCAGGUUCAGCUAAAAUCAUGGAGAUGGAUUCCUCUACCCCAAGACUCUCAAACCAGAGAGAAGAUUUUAUUGGCCCUUUGGUGAGUAUGUGUGCAGUGGAAUAAAAAAGGUUCCGUAACUUGAUUUUAAACUCUCUAUUUUACGAUACAUCUGUAUUUUGCAGUAUGACAUCAAGUCCGUUAAGCCUCACUUACUAUACUCUAGUUAUGAUUACCAAGCUGUACUGUAACAAAUUUCUGUGCCAAAAGCCAGUGCCUUCAAACUUGAUAAAAAAAAUAAAAAUAAAUAAGCUGACCUCUGGCUUCCAAACAGGACGUUUUAGAUUGACCAUAUCAUUCCUUUAGUGAAUGGACUAUUUCACUUUUAGCAUCACAUUAGCAUUUCCAGGAAUGGAUAAAGUUUACUUUAGAAGUUUUAAAUACUUUUAUUUUAGAAGUGUAUAGUUUAACUGUAUUUACUUUGUGUGGGUAUUAUGCAUAAAUACAGACAUUAUUUUUACAUCCAGUUGCCAUUUUCAUUAAGCUGCACUAGUGGUCCCUGCAAGUACAACUAUAAGCAAGCUAUUUGACCAUUUUUAUUUAUUUAUUUUUGUCAUACCUACUGUUUGUAAACAAAAUGCAUUUUCCUUUUAUACUAAUAUUUCAGACCAUGUGUAAAAUAAUACAAGAUAAAGGCAAAGUAGAAUGAACAAAUACGUUAAAAAUAAAAAAAAUGUUACAUUUGCAUAAUUGUAAUGUUUACAUUUGUCUGUAAAGCAAUCUAUGUUCAAAAUGGCUAUUUAUUGAUAUGUCUAUAGGCUAGAUAUGCAUCCUUUGCUUCAAAACAGUGUUCUGCACUUUUAAAUGGGGGCUGAAGUUGACAAACACUGAUUCGAUGCAUACAGAAAUUAUUUGCCGAUAAAUUAUUAGGAUUACAACAAAGCCUUUUUCUUCUGGUUGAUAGUUCAUUCAAGACAAGUAAUGGUUUCCUAAAUUGAGACACUCAGGUUUAAAAUAAGAUAAACAUUUUUAAACAGAGACAACAUGGAAGUAUCCCUUCCCAUGUCAGCUAAUAAGCCUAGCUUUCAACUAUGUACAGCCAUGGGAAUAUGCUUAGCUAGAUGUUGGGACGCAAGUCCUGAUUAGAAUGGAAAAAAACAAUGACUGCCUUUUAUGAAACCACUGAGCAAUUCAUGAAAAACUGGUCUCUAUGGAUGAAGACAUUGUCCCCUCAUGUAAAAAUACAUGAAUAUAUAAAAAAGAGAUGGUGUAUUAUGACAAAGAUAUUUUACUAAGAUUUUUUUUUUUUAAUUAUGGCAAUGUAAAUUAAUGUACCUUUAAUUCAUUUAAAUUGCAGUUCCCUGGUUAGUUUCCCCCAAUUUCCUGUUUCCUGCGAUUCUUCAUAUAACCAACAGAAGUAUGUAACUCCCUAUGUUGGCAGAAAACACUGAAAGCUGUAACAGCUCAACGGGUAACUUUUUUGCCACAUACGAUCUCCUCAUAUAACUUCCAACUUUCAUUUUGACAUCACGUUCUUGAGAGGUAUUUUUAUCUCUCCAACCAGACGACAUAGUGUAUAAUGCCCAACAGGUCACACUAGCCCAGAGUAAACUAUUUUGUUAUGGCCUGCCAUUAGAAGAGACCACUGGUACAGUGGUGUACCUAGGUUAUAUGGAACCCGGAGCAGAACUCUAUUUUGAUAACCCUUCCCCCCACAACUGUAAAAAAACAACUUUUGUUAGGGAAAUUACAUCAACAAAUUGCCAUUCAUAUAUACAUAUAUAUUUACAUACAUUUAUAUUCACAUAUACUUACAUUCAUGUACACACAUACAUUUAUAUACACACAUUGAUAUUCAUAGACACAGAGCCAUAAACAAACACAGACACACUUGGCCAGUGCAUGGAAUUCUGCCACACUAGGCAAAGAUCUAUAUUGCUGCCCCCUCAUGGGAUAGUUCCAUUGAGUCACAAGUUUAUUCACUAAAAACGAAAUACCUUAUACAUACACUCACUGUUUAAUACAUAUAAUCAUACACACAUGCACACUGCCAAAUACAUACACACACACACACACACACACACACACACACACACACACACACACACAUAAACUGCCAAUACAUACAUACAUACACCAACACACACUGCCUAAUAAAUACACACAAAUUACCACACAUACACAUAUUCAUCAAUACAUAUAUAUUUACAUACAUUUAUAUUCACAUAUACUUACAUUCAUGUACACACAUACAUUUAUAUACACACAUUGAUAUACAUAGACACAGAGCUAUAAACAAAAACAGACACACUGGGCCAGUGCAUGGAAUUGUGCCACACUAGGCAAAGAUCUAUAUUGCUGCCCCCUCAUGGGAUAGUUCCAUUGAGUCACAAGUUUAUUCACUAAAAACGAAAUACCUUAUAUAUACACACACUGUUUAAUAUAUAUAUAAUCAUACACACAUGUACACUGCAAAAAUACAUACACACACACACACACAUAAACUGGCAAUACAUAAAUACACCAACACACACUGCCUAAUAAAUACACUUUCACACACUGCCUAAUACACACAAACUACCACACACACACACACACACACACACACACACACACACACACUGCCUAAUACAUACACACAUUGGUACACACACAGAAACUGCUUUAUAGACAUAUACUCACAAACUGCCUAACAUGCACUGAAAUAUGUGACGAUUAGAUACAUGUAAUACAUACAUACAACAGCACACACCAACUUUCUCAUACUCACAAACUGUCUAAUACAUAAACACAAACUGUCUAAUAGACACAUACACUGCCAAAUGCAUACACACAGAGCAAACAGUCCUCCUUCACCCUUCAAGUGCUCAAUUGGGGGUUGGAGGCACUGGAAUGAGCCCAUUCAGUCAGUAUGGUACUUUCUCUGCUGCCUCUGGCCACACCUUCAUUCACACAUAAAAAAUACAAAUGUUGCUCUUUGUCCAUUUGAAUUGUUGGGAGGUGUGUUAUAACAUGGGGAUGCAAACCUACGUAGGUGUCCACCCCUCUUGCAAGUGUUUCAACUUACCUUACAUCCUGCUGCAUGCUGGCGCACCACUUCCCUGAUCGUGAUCAUGUCUGAAUUAUCUUAGCCAAUCCAUACUUCCCCAUAGGAAAGUAUUGGGAGGCAGUGCACUAUCACUGAGAGUCAUUUGACCUCUAACUAGUUUAACUCAGUUAUAACUGUGGCCGUGGCUCUAGUGGCUGUCAUCCUGUGACUAUGUUAACACCGCAAUGAAACCAUUGCCUUUUCUGCAAAACGUCAAUGUUUUCAUUUGCGCAAUUAAGCAGACAGGGACACGGCAACAGGACCACUUUACUUUGAUAGUUAUGGGUGCAUCUAAAGUCUAAAAAAGGCUACGAAUGUUAUUUGCAAAUUGGGCAACAGAACAGAAAUAAAUCACAUCUCCAAUAAUAUGAUUCUUCUUCGUAUACCCAAGAGAGAAAGGCCUAUACCAGACAAACAAGACAAGGUAUUUUUAAAACCAGGAGCGAGCAUGGGGUAUUCCAGUAUAUAUUAUUACGCCAGAUACAGCAGGAUAUAUUAAUUUUCUUGGAUCUAGUCCCAGGACAUAUCUUACUUUCGUCUCUCAUUUGGCAUUUCAAGAUUGAAAGGGGGCGACCAUGUGUUAUAUUUUCAUUGUGAUAAAUAUCCAAAGAAAACAAGUCUCCCUCUAUAAUUAAAUAAUCUGAUGUAGGAUUCUGAUAAUUGCUUUUGAUAUUUAAAUCCUCUUGUGUGAUUUCAUGAUCCAACAUUCUUCAGUAUAAUUCAUUGUAUCUACUUAUAAAAACUUGUUAGCCGUGUGCUCAAACUACCAUCACUCCUAGAUGGCUGCAUUGCAUAUAUUAUUCAGUCCUAGUGUAUAAACAAAAUUACACUAAAAACAGUUAUCUGCACUUAGUGACAAACUCCGCAGGUUUAAAAAUAAGUUUUUACACUAUUGCAUAAUGAUGAAAUGUAAGCUCUCAUGUCAAUUUCAAGACUAAAUAUGUGAGUUAAUAGAGCACUUGGCUGCUUUCGGCUGUCCACAUGAACUGACCAGCUAGUUUUUCUGAUACCAACUUACCAGAUUUUCUUGAUUUAUAUUUCUGUUAGCCCCAAAUACUUGUGUCCUACCCUUAUCCUUCUCCCUCCAACCCAUAUCUAUUUUUUAUAUAUUUUUAUUUCUUCAAAAGUUUUUUUUCCGGGGGGCGUGGCUUGGUCACCGGAGUGAAUGGCCGCAUGAGAGCUGAGCUCCGUCCAGAACAGGCCUUAUAAGCAGCAUCCCCGGCAGCUAAGACGACAUGGCAUCGAAAAAACCUCGAGCACAGGCAAACACUACCCCAGCGGUACCACUUACCACGUCCAAAACUUCCCUCCGACGGUAUUUCGGAGAAAAACCGGAGCCGGAGAGCAAAUCCAAGAUGGCGGAGGUAGAGAAAUCUCCCGCGCACAGCGCACCUUCUAGCCCUGCACCCUCAGAAAGCUCAUUAGAGGGUAACGACCUAAAAACCCUACUCUCACAACUACCAUCUAAACUAGAUCUGGAACUGAUGUUUUCCAAGAUGGAGAGGAGCUUUGGGGACAAACUACAAUCGCUCCACGAAGAGGUAAGCCAAAUAGGCCACAGGGUACAGACACUAGAAGAAGAAGGGGAGGCAAGUGCUCUGCAUCUCACAAACAUACAAUCCCUCCAGCAAACCCACAAUGAAGCCAUCCUAUUCUUACAAAGAAAAAUAGAGGAUUUGGACAAUAGAGGCAGGAGAAACAACCUCAGGAUAAGGGGUCUCCCUGAAACACAGCAGGGGGAGACAGAAGAUAUCAUACUCCUACUCACUGGCCUCUUUAACAAGAUACUGGGCAGGCCUCUUGACACAGUCAUUAAAUUUGACCGCGCACAUAGGGCGCUUAGACCUCGGGCACUGCCCCAGGACAAACCGAGGGAUAUUAUCUGUAAAAUCCACCACUUCCCACUCAAAGAAGCAAUCCUGCAAAAAGCUAAGCACCUCAGAGAAAUCAAACAUGACGACCAUAAAGUGCUGAUUUUCCAAGACUUGGCACAAUCGACCCUCAUAGCGAGGAGAGCACUCAGACCCAUAACAACAGCCCUUUCGGACAUGAACAUUAGAUACAGAUGGGCAUAUCCCUUCGCUCUUGUGGUCACUCAGCAAGGGACAACGUACUCUAUCUCGACACCUGCGGAGGUCCAAGCCUUCCAGCAAGCCCUAAAACUACCAAAGGCCGCAGUGGAGGACUGGACAGGGCUAACACUGGGACAGACAUCACACGCCUCUCAGAAAAAUAAAUGGCAAAGAACCCCGAAGAAGCGCAGAAGGUGUAUCCCAUCGGGCAAUGAACAGACCACGUCACCCAGAGGCACCACAAGCAGACCCACCUAAGGGACCCAAUAUAUCCUUUAUUAUGUUAAGCAGACUUCUGAAGCACCUGGAUGCUCUUUCGUAUAUGACUGAAAGUUGUAUGCCGUUUGUCGUGACUUGAAUAUUGAUUAUCAUAUUGUAGAUUUAAACUGCCUUUCGUGCGGCCACCGCCUACACCCUCCCUGGGGUUCGGGCCCUGGCUGCGCGAAAUUAGGGGAUAGAAACCCACAUUUCAAACCUUAUAACGAGUUAGCAUAAGAAAACACAGGCCACACUAUAGGAAACGCUUUUAGAAUGAUAAAUUUACCAAUCAGAUUACAGGCCAAGUUCUGGACAACCAAGACCCCGUAACCCCCGAGAGGUGUGGCAGAGAGCACGUAGGACUCACACAGAGCCUAGCGCGCUAGACACCAUCUGGUAGAUGCAUGUUACCCACAUGCUCAUUGUACAUAGCAUUCCAAGUUUACAUCCCCCCAUACACCCCUCUGACCCCCGAAGGUACAAGUGUAAGCAUUACCACCCAGAGGAGACACGCCAUCACUACCACCUGACCCCCAAUGGCUGAUCUCAAAAUAAUGUCCCUAAAUGUCAGGGAACUUAAUACUCCAGAGAAACGUACAGUACUAACCCAAGAAAUAGACAGACAACGGGCUGAUGUCGUUUUCUUACAGGAAACGCAUUUAAAGGGGGAUCAAACCCCUAAACUAAGGGCAAAAACAAUAGGACAAGCAUUCUUCAGCAACUAUCACGGGGGCAAAGCGAGAGGAGUAGCCAUCUUAAUAUCACCACGCAUAGUCUUCACCCCGAGUGAAAUCAAAACAGACCACUUGGGAAGAUACCUAUUUAUUAAGGGCUCACUGAAUAACACACUGGUGACACUAGCAACUAUAUAUGCCCCAAAUACCAAACAAGUAUCAUUUGCCAACUCAUGUCUUAGGAAACUACACAAAUUUGCUAAUGGGAUAAUAGUUUUAGGGGGAGACUGGAACAUGGUCCUAGACCACUCUAUGGACAGCUCCACAACCAGUAAAGACACACAGAUACACCAAAGGGCUUUAUUUCAAAGAUCCCUCCAUGCCCACCAGCUGGUGGACUGCUGGAGAAUAUCCCACCCACAGGAGAGGGACUAUAGCUACUAUUCACAGGUGGCCCAUAGUUAUUCCAGAUUGGAUAUGUUCCUCUUAGAACAUAGGCACUUACACCUGUUAAAGGAAGCAUCAAUUGGCCACAUCACAUGGUCAGACCAUGCCCCAGUGUUCCUCACACUAUCCAUUACAGGAACAUGCACACCCACCAACAAGUGGCGGUUAAAUGAAUCGCUCUUGGACGACCCAAGAGUGACUGAUGACCUCAAUAAUUCCCUCCCUAGAUACUUUCUUGAAAACAAAAACAAAGACACCGCAGAUACCUGGGUAUGGGAGGCAGACAAAGGUAUCACCCGAGGCAUACUGAUUAAGUGCGGUGCACGUAUAAAAAAAGAACGCCAAGCAAAGAUCAAAUCACUCACAGAAGCAAUAGCUAGAGCAGAAAUGGAACAUAAAACCGACCCCUCAGUGGAGGCGUAUAACAAGCUAACGGCAUUGAGAAUGGAUCUACGCAAUAUCCUUACGAUGCAGGCACACAGAGCAGUACUUCUAACCAGGGGAACAUACUACGCACAUGGUAAUAGGAGUGGGAAGUUCCUGGCCAGAGCCCUAAAAGAAAAGCACCAAAAAACAUACAUAUCCCACAUAAAGGCGCAAGACGGUACACGCAAAGACAAAACAGAGGACAUAGCCAAAAUCUUCCGGGAAUACUAUAGUAACCUAUAUAACCUAGAGCACCAAAGAGGUACUUCCCAUGACAUUAAAACAUACAUCUCCUCCCAUACCCAAAAAACAAUAGACUCACACCAGUCAACCAUAUUAGACUCCCACAUCCAGCUGGAAGAAUUGCAGCGAGCAAUUAAAACACUUCCUAAGGGUAAAAGCCCGGGACCAGAUGGCCUAACGGACAGAUAUUACCAAUCUUUCCAACACAUCCUAUCUCCCCACUAUCUAGAAGUACUUAACAAUCUACUAACCACUACCGAAUUACCACCCCCGAUGCUGAAAGCAUCGAUAACAAACCUGCCAAAACCCGGCAAGGACCAGAGCCUGUGUGGUAGUUAUAGACCCAUCUCCCUAAUUAACCUCGAUGUUAAAUUGCUUGCAAAAAUUCUUGCCAACCGACUCAAGACACUACUGCCUGACCUCGUCCAUACAGACCAAGCGGGUUUCAUCCCUGGAAGGGAGGCGAGAGACAAUACCACAAGACUACUCAACCUCAUAUAUGGUGCCUCUACCACCAGGGUAUCGACAAUACUCCUCUCGGUGGACGCUGAAAAGGCGUUCGACCGAGUAGACUGGACCUUCCUAUUCACCACCCUUGAAACCCCAGGAAUCGGCCCCAAUUACAUACGAUGGGUGAGAACGCUAUAUAAAGGACCAUCAGCCACAAUUGGAGUCAAUGGGCAAGACUCUCCCCCCUUUGCCAUAGGUAAUGGCACAAGACAAGGGUGCCCUCUGUCGCCACUACUAUUCGUUCUGGUGAUGGAACCAUUUCUGAACGCCAUCAGGGCAAAUGCCAACAUUAAAGGCAUCAGGGCAGGAGACCAGGAAGUAAAAGUAUCUGCUUUCGCAGAUGACGUACUCCUAACACUCACACACCCUGAGCGCUCCCUCCCGCAUCUUCAGAGCGAAAUAGAACACUUCAGUACAUAUUCAAAUUUCAAAAUAAACGCUGAUAAAUGCGAACUAAUGGGCAUCAACCUAAAACCGACCCAACUCAAACACAUAAGCCACAAUUACCCUUAUCGAUGGGCAAACACAGGCCUAACAUAUCUAGGCAUCAAACUCGCACCCACAACGACAAGCCUCUAUAGAAUGAACUACAUUCCCCUAUUGGAUAACAUUAAAUCACAACUCAAACACUGGGACAAACCCCACUUUUCCCUUUUUGGAAGAGUCAACAUCAUUAAGAUGAUGAUACUGCCAAAAGUUUUAUAUACAUUUCAAACACUCCCCAUCGAGCUCGGACGCCAGUUCUUCCACACACUGAAAAACAUCUUCCUUACGUUUGUUUGGGGAAAUAAAAAAUCCCGACUGGCAUAUGACAUACUCACACGGGAUAAAAAGAAAGGAGGUGUCGGACUACCCCAUAUGUACAACUACUACAUAGCAGUCCUUUUCACUAGACUCAGGGAAUGGAUAGAUAUAAAACACAAAAAAGCGUGGUACGACAUAGAACAAAUGUAUGCACAGGCUCCUUUACCAUCCCUCCCUUGGCAGACAUGCCAACUUCAGCGGCUGACCACCAUGACACACCCCCUUAUUCCCCACAUUCUAAAGAAGUGGAGAUUACACAAAAAUACCUGGAAACUGUCACCGGGCAUAUCUCCAUUAUACCCGUUAAACCACAACCCGGAUAUAUUAGGAGGCAGAGGGGCAGAUACUAUACUAAAACUAUGGGGAAUACAAAACCCACAAAUAGGAGACUUGCUGACAGGAGAUACACCCCCUAAAGUCAAGCAACCCCAAAUUACGAGAGGCCACCAUUCGCUCAUGGAAGCUAUGAGAUGCGCACAACUAAGACACUCUAUCACUCAAGCGGUACUACCAUAUUGGAACCCAAGAGGUUCAACCCCCUUUGAGCAAUUAUGCACCACCACACAACCGAUAAAACGCACCCUAUCACAAAUUUAUAAACUCAUCCAAACUAAUGAUAAUGCUCAAGAGACCCUAGCAUACCAACGUAAAUGGAUGAAGGAACUUCACAUCCAUAUGUCACACCAGGACUGGGCAUAUGUCUUCACAAAACCCAUGCACACCUCCAGUAGCCUAUGAAGACAAGAGUCCUUCUAUAAACGUAUCACUAGGUGGUAUAGAACCCCGGAGGUACUUCAUCUAUAUUGGCAAACAGUUAGCGAACAAUGCUGGAGGUGCGGGGGAGAGGUGGGCAGUAUGGAACACCUGUGGUGGUUUUGUCCACUCAUGAGAACAUACUGGGCAGAAGUGACCUCCAAGAUCGAUGAGAUCAUAAAACUACCACACUCCCUAACCCCUCCCAAAUUCUGCUAGGAUGGCCACACUCCUUUCAAUGUAUGAAGAGUCAGCGCCUACUAUGGCUCCUUCUGGGAGAAGCAAACAACCUUAUACCGGUCCACUGGAAACAAAAUGUACCACCCACAGCCAAACAAUGGAUAGAAAGGGUAGAGCACAUGAGAGAAAUGGAAAUGCUACAUUGGUCCACAAUAGGCAAAUACACUACAUACCUAAACAUAUGGGAACCAUGGCUAAAACACUGGGCAUUAGUACAGAAUAAUCCACAAUAGACGGAACAGUAAUAACAAUAAAAGAUACCUUGUACCUCCCCCCCCCCCACCACUCCCCAUGUAUAUAGUACUUCCCCGCUCUCCCCACCAUUCCCUACCCCCCAAUAUUUCUGGGGACACUAGUCACCAACCAUGCACCAAGGUUUCGUGUAAUACAAAAUGAUGAGACAAUAUCAGCGGUACCAAUAUGCAAAGAACAAUGGGGAUCGAUGUAUAUUUGUCUAUUUCGACAUUGCUGUAUAAAAUGUACGAACCACAACCGCAUACCUUACCCUCCCUUCUUGCCUUCUGUAUCCCCGUUAUACGUUGAGAAAUAACAAUAAAACUCGAAUUAAACAAAAAAAAAGUUUUUUUCCAUAUUAGAAUUACAAAAACAUACAUACAAUUCCUCUAUAGACAUUUCAAAAAUUACACCUAGAAAUGUUUUCAGUUAAAACAGGAUGCAAGAAUUAAUAAAAAAAAACAUUAAUUCAAUCAAUAUAUGUAUAUAUCUUACAUACUUAUAUCCAUAGAUAUACUUCUAUAUCAUUGCCAGAGUACCUCAGUACAGAGUAACCAUAUCUAUGGAAAACAUGAAUAUCAAAAUAGAGGAAACAUUAAAACCAAAAUUCAUACCAUUCACACAUACCAUCCCGUGGAACUAGCAUAUUUCCAUCCCCUUAUAACUUUCCUAAAUUGUUAAGUACAUUUUUGCUAGUAUCCCUCCAGGAUCAGACGCACAAUGGGGGCUGCACCAACCUUCUAUAUUAUAAGCUAUAAUUACUAGCAAUAAACUUAUCCACCAUUUUUUCCCAAGUACAGAAUUUCCUCAAACCAACAGAAUUUCCUUGGAUUAUUCCACUUUCCAUUUUACAUUGAUAUAUUGCUUGUUUUUUAAUUUCAAUCCAAUCUGGAGCUUUAUUACUUUUCCAAUAUCUGGCUAGAACUAUCUUGGUUGCCAUCAGAAUAUGUAUUAUCAGCAUAACUUUCUCAGUAGGCAUAGAGGGCCAUCCCUGAUGUAACAGAAAACUUUGGGGCGUGAAAGGUAUAUAUAUCUGGCAAACAUUGUAAAUCUGUUGGUAUAUAAACUUCCAUAUUUUACUUAAAGAUUUACAGUGCCACCAUAUAUGGAGAUAAUCUCCUUUCCCAUCAUCACAUCGCCAACAAAGAUGAUUCGGAUCUUUGUACAAUUUAGCCAACUUUUCUGGAAUCAUAUAGCAUCUGUUCGUAAGUUUAUAAAAAUUCUCUACUAUAUUCAAACAGUGUACCGAUUUAUUGACCUUAACAAUCGCAACUAUCAUGUCUUGCUCAGGGAUUACAAUAUGUAGAUCUUUUUCCCACAUUAUUUUAGAUUUCCAGACAGAAAGCUUCUGAGAGUCCCCUAGAAACUCAUAACAUCUAGAAAUAUGACCUUUGACUCUAUGAGUUUCCAGAAUCUUUUUUAAAUUACUGAUGUUUUUAUUAAGCUGGAAAUCCAUAAAUUUCGCCAAAUAAAACUUGAUUCUUAAAUAUGUGAAUAUCUCCUUGCUAUCGAUCCCAAACUCUAAUUGUAACUUAUUAAAUGACUUAAUUUCCUUUCUGUCUAUAAUCUCUUGUAUAUUCGUAAUUCCCUUUUGUAUCCAUCCCCUAAUAUUAAUAUCCUCAAUGUUCCCCUUAAUUACCUCUAAGGGUAAAAAAGGAAACAGUCUAUAUUCUAUUUUAAGUUUCUUCUUAAUCUUAUACCAAUAUCUCAGAAUGUUAUCUAUAAUAGUAGAAUUUUCUGGGUGUACUAAGUUAUUCUUAUUUUCCUGCUUCCUUGUUGUCCAAAAUAAAGCAGGUAAGUUAUUUGUCUCUACUAAGGAUUGCUCUAUUUGAUACCAUGCUUGAUCUUUUUGAUCACUACUUAAGGUGUUAGCGGCGUGUGCCAGCAUACAGGCAUUAUGAUAUUCUAUUAUAUUAGGGGCGGCAAGGCCAUCUUUUCUUUUCUUAGAUAAUAACUGUAAGCUUAUUCUCGUUUUUUUCCCCUUCCAAAUGAAUUUGGAAAAAGCUGAUUGUAUCAUUUUUAACCAUGGAGUUGGAACUUGUAUAGGUAUCAUUCUAAAAAGAUAAUUCCAUUUAGGCAGAAUAUAUGAGCGAAUGGUGUUUAUACGCCCUAUCCAGGAAAUCUCUCUACUAACCCAUUCUUUUAAGAUCUUAUUUGUAGAUUUUAUAAGUGGAAGAAAGUUAACCUCUAUUAUUUUUUUUUAUAUUUCUUGGAAUUUUAAUACCAAGAAAAAUAGUAUUAUCCUUUACCCAAACAAAGUCAUAAGACAUUUUAAUAAAAUACUUUUCUUCAUUAGAUAAGUUAGUUGUCAUUAUUGUAGUGUUGUUUGUAUUUAAUUUAUAAUUUGAGUAUUCACUAUAUUGGGCCAAUAUUUUUAUCAAUUCCGGUAGCGAGGAUCUGGGAUUCUGGAUCAUAAGCAUGAGAUCAUCUGCGUAUAGGUUGAUCUUAUGUGCUACAUUAUUGAGCCUAAGUCCCUUAAUCUUCUCAUUUAUCCUAAUAUCUUCUGCCAGAGGCUCUAUGGUUAAAACAUAGAGUAGCGGAGACAGAGGGCAGCCCUGCCUAGUACCAUUCUUAAUAUUAAACCAGUCUGCCUCUAUUCCUGGUCCUAUGGUCCUAGCAGAGGGCAUAGUGUAUAAUGCCAUAAUAGCAUCGUAAACCACUCCCACAAUGCCAUACGACUUAAGUGCAUUCCCCAUAAAAGUCCCAUCUAACCCUGUCAAACGCUUUCUCAGCAUCCAAUGACAGGGUCAGAAGAGGGACAUUCUUCCUAAGGCCUCCAGAGGCUGCUCUGCCAGGUAUAAAUCCUGCUUGAUCUUGAUGUAUCAAAGCGGGAAUACAGAUUUUUAAGCGGUCUGCUAAAAUCGAAGCAUAGAUUUUUACGUCUCCAUUAAGGAGAGAUAUUGGGCGAUAAUUUGCCAAUUUAGCUGGAUCUUUGUCCGGUUUCAAAAUUGGGACAAUAUUUGCUUGAAGCAUCUCCUUGGGAAAUGUGCGAUUCUCCACUAUCUCAUUAAAUAUCCUGGCAAGGCGCUCAGAAAGAGUAUCCCUAAAUAUCUUGUAAAAUUUAUUUGAGUAGCCAUCUGGACCGGGAGCUUUACUUAACUGUAACUUAUGUAUUGCUACUUUAAUAUCGUCAGAGGUUAUUGGUUUAUUUAUCUCCAUAAGUUGUCCGUAAUAUAAACAUAUAAAACAAGGUAAAGCUAAAAAAAAAAAACAACUAGUUUUGUUGUCACAUAGAAGAUUUUUUUUAAAGCAAAACAAAAUUAUAAAAGCUAAAUAUUAAGACAUACUCAUAUAUGACUGAUAACUAUAUAUACAAUGUGUCUGGAGUGGAGGGACCCAGUAUAAACUCAGGAACCAGAAAGUAGAUCAGAAAAAAAAAUAUCCCAGUAUACUCACUUAUGAUUAUCCCCAGAGAAAUCCAGUCACCAAGGGUGUGUAAUAUAUUAAGAAUCUUUGAGAAGCCCACAGGAAAACUCAAUGACCCUUACUUGUGAUAUACCCCUGCCUUUCAAUGUUAUAUCCACUCCAUUCAACACAUGAGUAGUGUGCUCUUGAUGCUUUCUGGAAUCUCAUGAUGCACAGCCAAGGUAUUCAGUGCAAUUCCAGCAGUAUGCUUGUAAUGUAUACAUGGUCAGGUAAGUGCAGCCCUCUUGUUUCCAUAUAUAAAUAUAUUCUGGAGUACAGGCCAAUUCCCUGUUUUGCACCCCUCCCUGUUAGAGUUGCCUCAUUCCAGGUCCCUAUUUAACCUUGCACUACUGAGAACUACAGGAUGAAGGAUUUCCCAAGUAAGCAAAUUUAUCUCAUAAGAGCAGUGAAAGAAGACCUACAAACAGUCCUUUUGCUAAGAUAGGACCUUCUUAAAAUGGGAUAUAUUGGCAUUGUGGCAGGCUUAUGCAAUGUAUGAUCAUAUACUGUAACUAAACCCCCAAUAUUAUAGCCUAGGUUAGGUGCUUUUUAGAAAAACUAUUACAUUCUUUGAGUUUUGAAAUUGCUGUUUAGUGAAUGAGUGCAUGCGCUGGACCUUAUAUGUUGUGUGAAUUGGCCCCUGAAGCACCCUUAUAAUGUAUGCACGUUCAGAUGAGUGCAGCCCUCUUGUUUUCAUAUGCAAUGAGAUUCAGCAAUAGUAUUUAACUCGUAGAGUGCAGUUCCCCAGCAACUCUCCUGAAAGUCAUCUUAGGGGCCCUACUACAGACCAUCACUGUUCCCAGUUUAAAAAUCCCAACAUGGAUUUGCGGCAGUACUGCUCAACCCCAGCAGACCUUUCCUCUCAGCCUGCAUAGACUGAGGCCUACGAGCUAUCAGGUACCCUACACAGCCAUUACAUCCCCUGAGUCCUUGGAAGACCCUCAAAGUCUCUACGUAUGCAAGCUAGCUGGGGGUGACAUGGAAUGGAUGGCGGAAAGAGUUGUUGGGCUAUCUCGAGGGGACCACUGGCUUAGGCUCUCAUAUCAGGUUGUCACCAGGUUACCAUGCUAGCCACUUUAUGGGCAGUUGGAAAGAUAUCUUUGGUGAGUCAGAGGGUUUAUAUUGCUGGACUGACACCUUGUGGCCAGGUCAGAUAUCAUUUGGAUUUCAGGGGUGAUUUGGGCUUCUUCCGGGUAGCACACCCAUACUUGGAUCACUAUGGAUGCAUCCCUAUAUUGGCACAGCAACAUGGUAGCACCAACAUAAUGCAUUUAACUGGAAACCUAAUGAGAUUCUUCUCUCUGACGACACAGUGGCUGGGGAAGCCCAGACAAGACUCAAUAUUUUCAGGAAAAUUACAUGGGUUACAUUUCUCCUCUGGUACAGUGGAAGACACAUAAAUAUGUAAUGAUAGUGUUCUUCAUCGCUAGGGGAACUGCCCUGAAAUGGGCCCACAGUGCACAAAUCACUCACCUACUUACAGCAAUAUACACCCUAGACAGGAUGCACAAAUGUACUUUUGAUUUGGCACACUAUCAGAAACUUACCAAAUUACACUGGGACCUAGCACGGAUUCUUACCACGUUACACAAUAGAGCCCUCCUGCAGUCAAAGCCCUUUUUUUUUUUUACUCUAAUGCUAACAAAUGCGGGGCUCUACAUGGUAUAUUGGAGACGGUUUGUACACACUAUGAAAAGUUCUAAACUAUUCCCAUCCUGGCCUAGAGUGCUGACAGAAACCCAUACAUCUCACAUAUCUAGAUGGAUUAACAACAACUUAUCAAAUGCAGAAAUGGCAGAAAUAGCAGCCACCUCGGACAAACCCCUUAGUCAGGAGGUAAAGUGGCUUUAGCUCUUAAGUACUAUAAAACAGGCAAGUACCCUGGCAUGGACAGGCUCCCGCUCAGAUAUUUUUAAAAUUUCUUUGAUAUUUUGUCCCCUUACAAACUCAAAGCCUUUAAUUCCAUCCAGGAGGGCCAAAGUAUCCCACCCAGACUUUGGUGGCAAACAUUUCCUGUUUCCCUAAUGAAGUUUUGAUUGAGCACUGGGUGAUGCCCGCUCUUGCCUUUGCUCUUUGUCCUUGCCCUUGAACCAUUUCUUAAUAUGAUUAGAUAAAACCCUGACAUCUAUUGCCUCUAUUGCCAUUUGAAAGGCAAAACAGAACAGAAAAUUGCAGCUAACUUCCAGGUGAUCCUUAACAAAUUUCAUCAGAAUUUAGGGGACUGGGAUUUGCCACAUAUCUACUGGCUGGGCAGGGUAGGAGUGGUUAAGAUGAAUCUCUUGCCAUGCCUACUGUACCUUUUACAAAACCUACCCAUAACCAUUCCUAAAGUGUUCCUCAAAUCUUUAUACUCACUGGUUAUUAGGUACAUCUGACAUAAAAGCAGGCUGACCUACUCCACCCUAGCCCUAACAAAGGUUCAUGGGAGUCUUGCUCUUAAGGACUUUCGGGUACAUUAUCAGGCCACACAUUUGCUAAUGGUGGUAGAAUGGUCCAAAACAGAAGUCUGUAACUCUGUAUCACCCUGGGUGGAGCCGAACAUCUUGCUAGGCAUGUUUGGGCUUUCGAUACCUCACGCUCAAUAUUUUUUUGAAGAAGGUAAACCUAUUUCUCUUGCAGGGAAUUUUGCUACAAACAACUACUCACUUUUGCUAAAUUUUCCCUACAAUGACCACUACUCUGUUCAGAACUUAGGCCCCAAGAACAUAAGAUUUCAUAUCUCUACUCUACCCUACAACGGCAGGCUAACACACACAAACCUAAAUUCUUCGGAAAGUUGGAGAUAGACCUGGGGGUAACAUUGACCCUUUACCAGUGGUAAACGAUUUGUGAUGUGACUCAUCAUUGUGCAAAAGAGAGCAGAUUUCAAGAGUCAGCUUACAAGGCCCUCUCACUGUGAUAUAGAAUCCCACAGCUACUUCAUGCUAUCUAUCCCAUGUUGGCGUUGCUUCAAUGCCGAUGGCUCAUUUCUUCACAGUUGGUGGGAUUGUCCACUCCUAUUUUAGAGACAUUACAAACGAAUAUCAAAUGUUAACAGACAAACCACCUUCGUGCCAGCUGGCAUGGAUGCUUCUAUAUAUCAUCACAAUCAGAACCUCCACAUACAACCGUUAUAUUUGAGACAAACCAUAUCUCUGUCGCUCCAAUUGUUUUUCAGUGCAUGGAGGAGCUGUGAACAAUGGAAGAUCUGAUUUUGGUUCCUCAGGCCGCAGCCAACUUUACCUAGAGAUUUGGACUCAAUGGCUGCUAGCUAUGGAGUCAACAGACUUCCCAGCUUUGUUACAGUGAUGCUUCCUCCCUUAAGUGGACUUGGGGGUCAUGGAUAGGGUAAUGGGGAGAGAGUGGCGACAUGGGUAUCGAUGGAAGGCAUUAUGUGGUAGUUUCCUGAUAAAAGUGGUGCAAAGGUUCCAAUGACUCCCCCUAUUGCUCCCUGACCAUAAUUACAUUUUUAUAAAAUCACCGUUUUUUAAUUAGCACCUUUAUUGGGACAAGGAUCUACUUGUCAGUGUUUAUUCCUCUUUUACUCUGUUUUAUGUUCGUGCAUUGUAUGCUCUUGUUUUAAUCAUAAACAUUUAUAAAAACUUGAUUUACAAUAAAAAAAACUAUAUUGAACAUAUAGUUUGCUGAUAAUGAGUGUUUUAUCAAUGAUUUAACUAUAAAACAAUUAAAGAAGAUCAAGUGUGAAGAUGAAUUGAAAUGAGGUUUAGGACUGAUGCUUCUGCAGGUCGAAGUCAUAGGUGCUGUUCUCCUUGGUGAAACCACCUCAGUAAUGCAAACAAGCAUAUGAAAAUCAGAGGGACAAUGAGCUCAAUCCUGAAUUGUGUCAAAAGAUAUCAACAGAUGUAAAACUAUUACAGUAGUAAUUAAGUAGUUGAUGUUAAAGGGACACUAUAGGCACCUGAACAACUUUAGCUUAAUGAAGCAGUUUUGGUGUAUAGACUCACUGCUCAAUCCUCUGCCAUUUAGGAGUUAAAUCCCUUUGUUUAUGAACCCUAGUCACACCUCCCUGCAUGUGACUUGCACAACCUUCCAUAAACACUUCCUGUAAAGAGAGCUCUAUUUAGGCUUAUGUAAAUUACAUCUGUUUGAAAGUGAAACCAGGUUUUUUUUUUCAUGCUAGGGCUGCAUAAACAGAAACAAAGUGAUUUAACUCCUAAAUGACAGUGAAUUGAGCAGUGAAAUUGCAGGGGAAUGAUCUAUACACUAAAACUGCUUUAUUUAUGUAAUUUAGGUGACUAUAGUGUUCCUUUAACCCCUUAAGGACCAAACCUCUGGAAUAAAAGGGAAUCAUGACAUGUCACACAUGUCAUGUGUCCUUAAGGGGUUAAAUGAAUUGAAAAGGGAAGUCUCUAACUGCUUAGUUUCUGAUCACUCUAGACAUUCUAAUAGGUCAAAAAUCGGACUGUCAUUGUAGACCACUGUGCUAGGAAUUAACAGAUGGGAUGAAGGACCACAUUUUUUAAUUAAUUUUUCUUGCACACUAUACAUGUGUGAGGAAUUGUUCUAACACAUAACAUCAGGGUUAUUCACUAAAGUAGGAAUUUAAAGUGAAUUUAAAAUAAAUUUAUGAUUUAAGGUUAGCUAAAACUAGAAGUAGAGCUGACUUAGAGAAUGUUUCCUGUUUGGCAGUAUUUACCUUGAUUUUAAAAUUUGCUUGGAAUUCUCAUUUUAGUAAAUACUACUGAAUGUGUACAUAGAAUGUCAUGUAUUUGUAUUUCAUUCGAACAUAUAUGUAUCACAUUAGGUACACACAACAGAAGGUUCCUAUGCAGUGCAUAGUUCAUAGUAAAGGUUCACAUAUCAGCCCACAAAUAGUAAAGCCAUUCUAUGCUUUAUAUCCUAAUUUAAGUUAAAUAGUAAAUCGAUGAUUCUUUAACGUAGGUCAUUUAUCAAUUUAGUAGUCUCUGCUCUACAGAGUAAUUAAAGAAGCACUCUUGGCACCUCGAGCACUUUGCUGUUUUUUAAAUAGCUAGAAUUUAAAAUGGAAAUCUUUCCCAAUCCUACAUCCCACCUGUCUAAUAUCCCAUAAACGUUGCAUAGGAUUAAAUGAACAGCUAGGGAUUUUUACUUCUUCACUACCGAGCACUUUCCAAAUAAAAAAAAAAAUAGCUUAAGAUUUAUUUGAAACAAGUUAUGCAUAGCUGGCAUAAAGACAUAUCAUAACACAGAACAUCUGUGUAUAGAUUGAAUUGUAGACAAACGUAAACAUUCAAAUUAUUUUAAUCUACACUAUUUUUAUUGUUCACUUAAUUGUUCAUGCUUUAUAAAAGUAUUUGAAGAAUAAAGCAAUCUAGACAGAAUACAGUGUGAUUUAUCUUGCAAAAUAUCAUACAGGAUCUGAAAUGUUAGUAUACAAGCAAAAAUGCCAUAUCUACAUACGGUAGUAAAAAUGCCAUAUCUACAAAAUGCCAUAUCUACAUACUGUAUAUAUGACAAAAAUCGAUUUAAAAAAUUGGUCAAAUACCUUGCCUAUAGGUAUUUGAAAGGACCCUGAAGGCAUUACUAGCAGUACAGCUUACUAAAUAUUGCAACAGAAUGUAAAAUGAUUGUCUGCAUUUGAACAUAAUGCCAACAUACUGUAAAUACAGUUAAAUUAUAUAUUUCUAAAAUAAAGUUAUUUACAAAGCUAUUUGCAACUCUUAUAGCACUCUUUAUCAAUCCCUGGACUGCUACUGUAAUGCUGAUCCAUCCUUGCUUCCCCCUUCCUGACUGUAAGAAUAAUAUGAUCCAUUGAAACAUCUUGUACUGUUUGAAAACAAGGGGCGUGUGCAGACAUUAUAUCAGUGACCAAUUGCUUCUGGUAGAGAAAUGUGUUUCUCUGCCUGUCAAUCAUAACUAGAGUAUAAAUGAGGGUGAGUGAGGAUUUGUGGACUAGAUUUCAUACUGCAAAAUAUAUGAAAAUAAAAAUGUUCAUACUUGAUUUGGGAAUGGGCUAGUCCAAUACUUUGUCUCAGUAUCUUAUUUAAAAAAAAAAAGCUGUAAGUAAUUGUAUAUUAUAAUCAGAUGCAUAUGUAUUUUUUUUAUAAUUUUAUUUUUGCAGAUUUUUAAUACAUUAUCUAUUUAAGAUAUGUGGACAAGUGUUUCCUGUUAAUGAGAAAAAAUAUGCAAUGGUAUUUGUGACGAUACAGUGGCAAUGCAAGAUAUACUGCCCUGAUAUCUACAGCUACUAUAGGAUAUUCUAUCUUGUCUUCUGGCAAUACUCUAUAACUACUCUGCAGAGGACAAUAAAUAGCAAUAUACACGUAAGGCUUCAAGGAAGUGACAAAACAAGCUUCUUGGUGCAAACAGCAACUGACUUUAUUAUACAGGAACCAGGGUUUUUAAACACUCACCACCCUAUUUACAACUAUAUUAUUUGUUACAGUUUCCAUCUCCCUUUGUGCAUGUCCACCCUGACAACAAAGAGCUAUCUUUGUUAUCAGCCAGGCAGAUAUCUCAGCAGACCCCUGGGUGACGAAAUUUUGUUUGGCGCCCAUGUGGGUGUGGUCAAUGACUCCACCUCUCCAUCUAUAAGUCCCAUUUUUCUAAUCAGUCAUACACUCACUGACUGUCACACACUCUCACUGAGAGAUACACACUGACAGACGCACAAUAUCAGACACACAAUCUUACUGAUCUGAAACACAAACACUGAUAGACACAUAUUCACUGACAGUGUCCCACUCUCAAUGAGAGACACACACUGAUAUACACACACUGGCAGACAAACUUUCAAUGACAUAAAAUGGAAAAAAAGAAAUAUCCAGGCACACCUGAGGUUUCCUCUAAAAGACAGUCUUCUUAUUUGAAACAAGAAAGUCAAGACAAUGUUUUGGCUCCUCUCUGAGCCUUUAUAAAGUUUCAAGUUAUCAAGUCAGACUUGAUAAAGGUUCAGAGAGGAGCCUAAACACUGAUGCACACUGACUCAAUUACACAGAUUUGCUGCAAUCCCCAAUGCCAUCAGUGAUUGGGAAAGGUAGUGGUCUUGUUUCCAGUGUUAUUGCUGUGCACAUAUACUCUUGGACAGUUCACAUUAGCUGUAUAAAUGGGGAUGGCUGACAGGUUAUUUUAACAUGGGUGAGUAGCUUCACACACUGUCACUGACAUACACACACACUCACCGACAGAAACACACACUCUUUGACAGACACAGACACGCACACACUCUUUGACAGACACACACACACUCUCUGACACACACACUUACUGACAGGCAGACUCACUCACUGACUCAUGACAGACACACUCACUCACUGACAGACAUACUCACUCACUGACUCACACACUGACAGAUUCACUCACUCUGACUCACUCUCAUACGCUCUCUUUCACACAUGCUUGUACACUCUCACAAAUUAAUUUUUUUUGAGGCCCAUCCAGCUUCCCUCUCUCUUGCAGGGAUCCAGUGUGGGGCUGUAGUCUUGCAGUUCCUCACUCCUCCCAUGCACUGUCUAGUAUGCCGGGUCCGGAAUUAAAUCAUAUUCCUGCUCCCGGCAUCAAAGAGGGCGCGUGAGGGACGAUUGAGGAACUGCAAGAUCAGCCUCCCUCACCGCCGCCAUCGGCUGCCUGCCUCCUCUCCAGCAUAUAUCUUCAGAGUAGGCACCUGCCAUCCACUGCCUUAGUCAGUCAGUGUCACUUCAGGAGUGCCCUAAGGUGGCCAAAUGGCCACUCCUGGGCUCCCUUUGACAGCACUCCCCUCUACGCCCCUUAUCUAAGUGCGCCCGGGCGCAGUGCACCCGCCCAGGAUCCGCUCUGGCAGAAGAGUCUGUAUCACCAUUUCUCUUUGGUCCCAGCUGGAGUGACACAUCAGAGUCACUUUUGUCACAGUAUUCAUUAAAGAGUGACUUGACAGCAGUUGUGAAGUGAAAAUAAUCUAGAAUUAGGCUCAUUUGAGCAGGGGUCACGAAAACCAGCCAAACAGUCCAUACUCAUAAGCAUCUCAGAAUAAUCCACAUAAUUAUGGAAAGUGCAUACUUUGUUAUAGAAAAAAUGGUUAACAACAUGCCAUAAAAAUAUGUGCAGACCUUACAAGUGACAGGCAAUCAAAAAUCUUAAAAAACAUGUCAAUGAAUGUAGACUCUUUCUCCCUCUUAGGAGUCCAAGGUUUAAAAAAAUACAAAAAAUCCUAUAAUACAAAAAAAAAGGAAAUAUCUGCACCUGCCAGAAGGGGGCACAAAACUAAAAUAUGAAAAAACUUACUCACCUGGUUACAAAUACUUGUCUGUUAGUUCACCCAUUGCACAGCGCUGCAGAGUUUCUUUUGGCGCUUUCUAAAUAUUAAUAGUAACAUUAAUAAUAAUAACUGAACAUUUAUGGUCACAAUUUCUGAAAUGAGAAAAAACAGCUAUGUUUUAGUUUUGCUACUUGUCCCUAAAAUGAUAAAUUCACUUAGAAUACUUGGCAAUUCAUACUUUAGUGAAUAUCCCUGACAGUGCUCUGUCUAUCCUUUUAAUGUGCAUUUUCCAGAGGCUAAGACUAGACUCUUAGCCUCUAGAAAAUGAUUAAGGGAAGGUGCAAAGUUUUGCACAUCUAGUGGUAAAGGCCAGGACCAAGUUAACAUAGGGCCUAUUGGAGCUGAAGCUCCAGCCCCUUGCAUUGUAUUGGAUCUAUGCUGCCAGAUGUUUUUACAAUCUGCUGCUGCCCUGAAAUGCUGGGUGCUAUACUAAUAGCAUGUGGCCAGGAAGACACAAUUAUCUUCCUGGACCUGGCUGAGCAUCCCAGGAAGCACUUACAUAAAACCUAAAGUUACCUUAUACCAAUCUUUAUCUAAUAUGUGCUCUGAUUAACAACUGAGGGCUUACAUGUGCCACAAGCCAUUUGCAUAUAGCAGUGUCCUAUUUCUUCUCCCAACUUAUUGCACAUAUUCUGACCUUCUCUGCCCCAUUACCUGUAGGAUGUAUUCCCUGUGCCAUAUGACCCAUAGGACAGACUGACUUAUCAAUUCAUUUCUGUGUGUCAGUCUGCUUUUGAAGAUGGAUAGUUUAAUUUCCAUUAUAGUUUUAAAAAAAGGAUGCAAAGUCCAGUUGUAGAUGCAUGUAUGUUCUAAGCACAAGACUUGAACACACAAAUUGAAAAUGUAUAUUUAGGACCAGUGUAAUAUUUAGUUCCAGGCCCCUGAAGCUUCUUAUCCAUCACUGGUUAUAGCAUGCACAAGAUAUCUCAGUAUUGCAAGGCACCCAUGGACAGUUUAAGAAUAGAAAUAUUUGCAUUUGUACACUAAAAUAUCGAACUUGCACUGUUGUAUAUAAAUCACUGCUCUAAAUAUAUUCAAACAUGCUGGGACCAGUGGUAACCUUCCUUGGACUGGCUGCUUGCUUGCACAAGCAGGCUCUUCUCAGCCUCCUACACCUUCCUUCCAUCAAUAGGUUAUUCUACAACCUAUUUGCCCAAAUCCAAACCUUAUUCUACUGAGACCAUGAUCACGCUAGACUCACAACUAUAUAUACAUCAUAUAGUUGAGUAAAUUAUCACAGACAAUUCUGAAAGUAAGUUUAUUAAAGCUACUAAAAGGAAAAAAGGAAAUUCAUCUACAAAUCUGUAAAAAUCAAGCUUUAAAAAAUAAAUAAAUAGAAAUGCUUAACAGCCUUAAGAAUUUUCUCAUUAACACAUGAUGUCAGGUACAUACAACAUGAAUGAAAACUAUAAAUAAUGUUUUUAUCAAUUAAAUAAUAAAAGCUAACAAAUUAAUUAGUAUAAUGUUUUUUUUGGAAGUGAAAAAUCUGAAAAUGAAAUUUUUAUUUAUUUUUAUAUAAUCAUUUUAUUUUAUUUUUUUUAAAAUUUUAGCAGCUCUGGCAAUAAAAUAACAAAAUAAAACAAGCAAACACAAAACAUUGAAGAGAAAAGGCGAAAGAAAUUGCAUCUAUAUUUUACCAUGUUUACCGUGUAAUUUUAACAAUUUUUUUUUCCAACUCACAUGGAUGCAAACUAUAAAGCAUCUAUGUGAUUAUUUUAACAUAACAAAUGUAACUGAACUUCAGAUUUUAAAUAUAGUUAUAGAACAUGUUUUCUAAACUUGGCUAGCCAAAUAAAAACACACAGGAGUCCCAGGGGUAAAAGAGUAUUUGCUAAUAGCAGGGAUGCUUUGUGUAACUGUUUCCAGAGACAAGCGAGUUUGAAGAGACGACACUAUUCAAUCGACGCUUCAGAGAUGCGAGACAUAGAAGAGACAAAAACAUGGAAAGAACGUAUUCAAGACUUCAAACGCUUCAUCUGGAAUCCCUACAAAGGGGAGUUUAUGGGAAGAGAUAAAAAAAGCUGGGGUAUGUCAUCACUUAAUUGUUUGUAUAGUUCAUUUAUAUUCAUGUUUUAGCACAAUCCCACUUAGCACACAUCUGUAGGAUGUGUUUUAUUAUGUUUUGGGAUGCUCUACCACAAUCCCCAAAUGGGUUCAAAGGUUGUGUACUGCGGUCAUUUAGUAGGCCAAGCAGAGCUAGAUUUUCCAUACAAAUACAUGGGAUGUCCUCAUUUUAACAUUAUGUUAAAUUGCGUUUUAUCAGUAUUUUAUGCCUUAGCAUAAAAAUUAAAUUUUUUAAAAAAAAUCUAAAGGACCACUCUAGGCACCCAGACCACUUCAGCUUAAUGAAGUGGUCUGGGUGCCAGGUACGCUAGGGUUAACCCAUUUUUUCGUAAACAUAGCAGUUUCAGAGAAACUGCUAUGUUUAUGAAUGGGUUAAGCCUUCCCCUAUUUCCUCUAGUGGCUGUCUCAUUGACAGCCACUAGAGACGCUUGCGUGCUUCUCACUGUGAUUUUCACAGUGAGAGCACGCCAGCGUCCAUAGGAAAGCAUUAUGAAUGCUUUCCUUUGCGACCGGCUGAAUGCGCGCGCAGCUCUUGCCGCGCGUGCGCAUUCAGCCGACGGGGAGGAGAAGAGGAGGAUCGGAGGAGGAGAGCCUCCUGCCCAGCGCUGGAAAAAGGUAAGUUUUAACCCCUUUCCCCUUUCCAGAGCCGGGCGGGAGGGGGACCCUGAGGGUGGGGGCACCCUCAGGGCACUAGGCACUCUAGUGGUCCUUUAAAGAUAGUAUUAUUAACAAAUUACUCUGUAGAGCAAUCCGGCUUCUCUUGAUGUGACUGAUGAGGCUCGAGCAUCCAGUGUGAUGUUAAAAAUAGUUUAGCUUCUUACCAUGAAACAGUGCUUUGUGUGAUGCAGAAUGCCAGUUACCUAAAUGUUCUUAGUCUAUGCAGAGCCAUCUAUAAUAUUAAUAGGACCUUGGGCAAAGCAGUUUCUUGGGCCCCGUGACCCUGCCCACCACCAGCCCCCACUCCCUGGUGUCCAUCCACACAUUUUACCCUAACACAGUGGGAGAACUAAAGUAGAGAGGUGCAAGACAUACUUACACAAACACAUAUACUGAAACACACAUGCUGACAGACAUACUUACACACACAGAAACAUCCACUGACAGACAUACUGACACACACUGAGAGACAUACUGCAACAUACAGACACAUAACUGACAAACAUACUGCUACAUACACACACAUACUCUGAUAGAAAUGCUGACACACACACACACACACUGACAGACAUACUGACAAAUACACACACUGACAGACAUACUGACACACAUUCGCACACAUGCACAGUUUGGACUUUUAAACCUACAUCCCGUUUCCUACCUUGAAGGGUUCCUUCCCUGGUAUCCAGAGUGGUGGCUGAAGCUUUUGUGAGUUAGAGACUGGCUCUUCCAGCCCAGCCCCCCUCCUCACUGCCUCCUUGAUCUCUCCCGGUGCUGCCGAAAAGCAAAGGGCGCUGUUAAAGGACUACAGCGCACAACCUGGCUCCUGCUUACAAAGGCCCACCAGGUCUCCCUUAGUGCAUUGGCCACACGGUGGGCCUUCUUUUAUGUGCGGGCCUCCUGCUGCACCGGGGUCCCAUGGGGAAAAAAUAAAUAAUUGAGGGCAGCAGGGCCCAGAGAGCAGCUGCUUUGGGUCCCCCAAAAUAACUAUGCCUGGGGCAGCUGCCCCAUUUGCCCUGCGUUAAAGAUGGCCCUGUGUCUAUGACCCUUUAAUUAGCCCAUCAUGAUAUUUAUAAAAAUAUAUAUAUUCAGAGCUCAAAAUGUAUACAUGCCACUAGACAUUGGCGAGUAAAAUUUAAGAACUUCAGCCCUGAUAAGUGUGCCAUGGACUCUUUACGCUUGCGAUGGCAAAUUAGUUUUAAGCCCUGUUUUGUAGAGUAUGCUGUAGAACUAAGAGCUUUCCCACGCUCCCUCCACGAAACACAGUGAUUAGCUGGAGUUUGGCUGUACCUCGGUCAGUAGUAGAGAAAACAAGAUGAUCCAUCUGAGGUCAUUUGAGUGCCUGGACCAUCUUGUUUUAUCUGCUUAAUAGAGUAGAACUUACAAUGUGAGAGAGAAAGAGUAUUUUUUAAUCUAUUGUGAUACUUUUUUAAUUCAAUUUUAGCUAUGACUUCUCCUUGGUAAUGUUUUUGUCUUGUGUUAGCAGCCCCAUAUAGAUAUCAUAAACAAAUAUUCCCAUAAUCACGUCACUUGGGAAAAACAAAGUGAAUUUACAUAUGUGUCUGUGAGACCCUACUGACAUUUUAAUAAGGUUGCCAUGGGAAAUACUGUCCUCUCUCAAUUGUAAACUUAUCCUUUUCCUCACUUUUCAAAUAUUAGAAAGAUUCACAGGAAGUUAUUCAAUUAUCAUUUGCUUUGUGUCAACAACUGGCUUGAAAUAUAUACCGGUAGCUAAAAGUACCAAAAUGGAAAAAUCUCCAGCAGAACUGAGCUGGAUUUUUUUUCUUCUUGAUUUUUGUUGCCUUCAACCAAGUUUAAUCAGUGUUGUUCAAUACAAACUCUGGGAGUAGCAGCACUGAACAUUGUGAUGACAUAUAUAUUUGCAGGUGAUGCUCAUUAUUAUUACUACUAACCUUUUUAUGGUGCCAACACAUUUCACAGUGGUCUAGAAUAUUUAAAAAUGGGAAAUAAAACUGCAGGUAAUUGACUAACAAUAUAAAGUUGAAAGAACCGAGAAUUGAAUAGGGAUCUACUGAAAGGCCUGAGCAUCUUGGACAGUAUGACAAACAUGCUUUUGGCCUAAAUGCCAAAACUUCUACAGGAAACCAAAUUAUUAUCUAAAAGAGCCAACACAAAACUGUAGUAAUGGAAAGAAUUUCUCAUGAAAAUAAAAUAAAUAAAAAAACAUGCAAAUCAAUCAUUAAAAUCAAAUGCACACGACAUCUCUACCAAAUGACACACACUCAAUGUGAUACCUACUCUGCCCAUUCCGAUCUUCAUCUCCUCUCUAGGAGCCCAGACAUCUUGCUUGGCCAAAGCUGGGUCUGGUGAUACAGCGUACUAGAAGCUGCUUCCAUUCUCACUCCACAUGAACAUGCAACAUCUUCUCAGCACUCCCCAGCCAAUCAAGGCAAUCGCACUCGUCCUUUUUUGUGUUAUCCUGAUGAUCUGAUAGCACAUGGACUUGCCACCAUGAUGAUCUUUUAAUCUAUCCACUCACUCACCUAGCAAUUAUGCUAAUUUCCUUAGGGAUCAUGAUAUAUUAAUAUACAGCGGGACUAGCAAUAGGUGCACUUGAAGGCACGGGAGGAAAGUUGUUGAGUUUUCAGUAGCUAUUGAUUCCUGUUUACUAUUUUUUCACUAUAGUAGGACCUUGACUAGGCAAUUUUCAACCUAACUGCAACCAAAUUAAGCAGAUUUGCCUUUUGUGAAAAACUAUAUGGAUUAAAAUAGUUAAAUUGUGACAACCAUGCAGCUAUUCUAGACUAUAUUUUCUUGGAUAAUUUAACCUAAAUAGGAAUGUUUUGAUGUAUUUUUCCUCCUCAAUACAGAAAUGUAUUCAUAUUUGUAUUUUAUUUUUUUCAGCCAAGAUUUUAUUUUUUUACUUUUGUUUAUACGUUUUUCUUACUGGGAUGUUUGCAUUAUGUAUAUAUGGAUUGCUUCUCACAAUAAACCCAUACGUUCCGACAUACAGAGACCGUGUUUUCCCACCAGGUAAGUCCUCUAGAACCUCAUUACAUAAUUUUACAUCGCAUUUAACCCCUUAAGGAUCACAUCCAGAAGACUCAGAAUAUUUUAUAACCCUUUUUUGAUCUAGCCACAGUUUAAAGAAUAAAUCCCUAAAAAAAAUCUUACCUGCAUCCAUGAUUGUUACCCUAUUCACCCAUCCUUGGUUAUGCUCUUAAACACAUGCAUGAAUAUAAUAAUAAAAUGCAGGCCUGAUUAUCUGCAAAAACAUAGGAAAUUUGUGAAUUACACAAGAUGAGAAAGAAUGUAUAAUUGGACAAUUAUGUAACAAUUUAAAAAAUUGUUUUUAAAUUGCAAUAAAUUUAGUAGCUUACAUAAAUAAGCAAUCAUAGCUCAGACUAUGUGAGUGUUGAUUUAGGGUGAGUAUCCUGUUAAUAAUGGGUUUUUUUUCACUAACUUUUUAUCAAAAUGUAAUGAAUCUCAGUUAUAGAAAAGAAUAAAUCACAAUGUUUAAGGCGCACUGGGACACAUGCCUUGUUUUGCACUAAUGUUGCAAGAUAAGUGUUUUCUUAUUUGAGAACCUGGAAAGAAUGUUUGGGCACGUAUUAUUGGCUUGUCUACAGGGCACUAGCAUUCUCCUGGAUCAAGAUAAAUUGGGCACGGAAGAAGCCUGAAGCGUGAACCCACAGGUCCGUUUCAGUUAGUGUUACAAUUUAGACACAGAAUCUGAUCUAUGUGUGACCUUGAGACGUACUAAUUUUAGCUUUGAGAGAUUUGGGUCUCAAAAUGUGUUGCUGUAGUAUUAGAAUGAAAAGAAGGCAUAUCCUGGGCCAAUGCUGGCUUGUCACCUAGUUACAUAGAAAUCUAGUUUGACUAAAGACUAAAAGACUAAAGUUCACCAAUUUUGAGCUUUAAAUCCUAUUCCUUUAUGCUGUUGUUUCAAAAGAAGGCAAGAAAACACACAAAAAGAAAAAACAUUUUUAUUGACUCCAUAAUGGCAAUCAGAUUUCUCCUUGGACCAACAACCUGAUCACCAACAUAUUAAUUUUGGACUUGAAUAUUCUGUUAUUGCAACAACAAAAAAAUUUAAUAAAAUCCAUGUCAGCUAUAUCUAUAAAAUAACUAUUGAAUCUGAUAAUACAAUAACCUUUUUAUUGUUCUUAUUGUAAGAAAAACAUUGCCUCUGCUGUAAGCUCAUGCCAUUAUACAGAACACUGGUGAGACCUCACUUGGAGUAUUGUACACAGUACUGGAGACCGUAUCUUCAGAAGGAUAUUGAUACCUUAGAGAGGGUUCAGAGAAGGGCUACUAAACUGGUUCAUGGAUUGCGGGAUAAAACUUACCAGGAAAGGUUAAAGGAUCUUAACAUGUAUAGCUUGGAGGAAAGACGAGACAGGGGGGAUAUGAUAGAAACAUUUAAAUAUAUAAAGGGAAUCAACACAGUAAAGGAGGAGACUAUAUUUAAAAGAAGAAAAAACUACCACAACAAGAGGACAUAGUCUUAAAUUAGAGGGACAAAGGUUUAAAAAUAAUAUCAGGAAGUAUUACUUUACUGAGAGGGUAGUGGAUGCAUGGAAUAGCCUUCCAGCUGAAGUGGUAGAGGUUAACACAGUAAAGGAGUUUAAGCAUGCGUGGGAUAGGCAUAAGGCUUUCCUAACUAUACGAUAAGACUAGGGACAAAUUAAAGUAUUUAGAAAAUUGGGCAGACUAGAUGGGCCGAAUGGUUCUUAUCUGCCGUCACAUUCUAUGUUUCUAUGUUUCUAUGUUUCUAUGUUAAGCAAAAAUGACUUUCUUCCAGUCUGAAUGUUUGAUCUUUUGUCUGUUGUAUAGUAUUGCUAAAAACAGGUAGAACUUUGUUCUAAAGAAAACAAAUGACAUUUUAGCCUUAAAUUAGGUCUUUGUCAAAAUUGUGAUGAUAAAUAAAUAAUAAUGGAAGUACGGAAGGCAUUGAUCGCUUCCAUCCCCUCAUAUCCUAAUAUCAUAGAUUACAGUUUUCGCUGUUUGAUUGUCUUUUACUUUUUUUUUUAAUUAUUUGCUUUUUACAUAUUCCCGAGGUCAAUCAUGUUACCUCUAAAUAUUUAUGUGGCAUGCCUUUUCUUUUAUGGCUCCAUUUCAUCUUAGUUAUUUGUAUAGACUCCAAUAUAAACCAAUAAAAAUGUUUUGGCUAUACUUAAUUCUCACAAUAAAAAUAACACAAUACACAAACAGUAAAGUUUACACAGGGACAUCUACAAGUAUAAUAUACCCAACAUUUUGAAGUGGGGUAUAUUUCACUCAUACAUGUCACUGUGUAAACUUUACCGUUCUUGUGUUGAGUUAUUUUUUUAGACUGUAUUUUCCUAAUAGGCUUCUUUCCAGUGAUCUAUCAAAAGGUUUCAUGUCUGACCUUUAGGGUAUUCACACAGAGUUCAUUAGUCCAGGACUUUUCAAGACCACUGCACAAGGCUUAACAAGCAGCUUAACAACAACAGCCAAUGAAGCAACAAAGCCGAAUGUUAAAGAGGAGAUUUUGCUCAUGAUGUUUGUCAUUAGAAGAUUAUUGCUAGAUUGGAAAACCAGAUGAGGGACUAAAGAGGAAGAUUUAAUUCUAAGAUCUUUGCCCGUUUCAUUUGUUUCACAUGCAGAAGGAGACCAGCAAGUCCUCUUGGAAUAUCCAGCAAUACAUUGGCACUCAUCUAGAAUGUAAUGGAGGUGUUGCCAUAGCAUACCUUGUAUUUUUGAGUGACUACCCUCUCAGGGUUAUUCCAUGUGAAUUUCAAAUUUAAUACCAAAAUACCCUGAAUUGAAUGCAUAGCUGACUUUGAGAAAGUUUCCUAUCUGGCUAUUGUGGUCUUAAAUUUGAAAUUCACUUUGAUUUCCUGACAAAUCCCUUUAGUGACUAAUCCUGCCGGCUUCUCCUCCUCUGACAGAGUGUUCAUGACCUAUUACAAACGAAGAGAAAAAAGGGCUCAGGGCUUCACAACAUCUGGUGAUCACAAUGUAGCCAAACAAAAAAAUUAAAUUCCCCUUAGCUUUAACUGAAAAACUACACUUAAACCAGUUGAACCUAAGACAAAAUACGUAAUGUGUUUAUGUAUACGUCUCUCUUUACCCUUUCCAGCACACACACACACUUUGUCUUUCAUUAAUGAAUGUUCCAAUACAUCUCCUCAUUUUCUGUUUGUUAUACAUUUCUGGCAUGUUCUGAUCCUAUGCCAGGCCUUCUACCCACCGUUCACUGCGAUUUUCAUUAUUCCUUCACAAUGUCUUUCUCGUUCUCUUUGUCACCUGUGGCACAUUUAAGCUAAAAUACAUCUUCUAAUGAUUUAUUGAGCAUAUCAGAAUGUUAGUAUUGUCUAUAUGUCUGCCGAUAGUAUUUUUAGGUUUGAUAUUCGUACGUCAUUGCAUCAAUCUGCAUCCAAGGCUUACAUUUGUCAGACUGUCCUUUUUCGCAACAUCACAUAUUUGAUAGUCUAUGUGACAAAUCACUUCAAUUUUUUAAUCAGGUAUUUCCUUGUUUUCCCAAAAGCCGUGAAGUCUUUCAGGGUUUCCUCAAAUGAGCACUGGAGAAUAUUUCAUAGGCACAUGUUGUUCAUAAAACACUAACACUACACAUGCUUAUAUGAAGAGACAUAGAAUAUCUGCCUUGGACCACGUUUCUUAAGCUAAUCACAUACUGGGAAAUUUCCACAUAGGUAUAUCAUUGUUGAACCAAGAAUUCUUACAUUUCAUUGUAAUUUUAAUAAAAUAAUAUUUUGAUGUUUCUCAUAUUUUAUUAAAGGUCUAACUAUCAGACCACACAUAACUGGACAUAAUUAUGCCUUCAAUGGUUCAGAAAGAAGCACAUGGUCAUCUUUCACUGACAACCUGGACAAAUUCCUUGAAGGUAAAUUAUUUUUAUAUCUAAAUUGUAUUAUUAUUUGUUUUUGUUGUGGGAGAGCUAAAGGGGAACUAUCACAUUCCUUGAUUCUUAAAGAUAUGUUUACUUAUCCCCUAUAUUUAAACAAUAUUUAUUUGUGAGGUCAGAGAAAAUAAAAUGUAGAUAUCCAAAAUUUGUAUUUACAUUUAAUAGGGCAUUAGAUAUAAACAUUGAUCAAUAUUAAUUGAUUAUUGACAAUAUUAGUCUCUUGAGUGAACACCAAUGAGUGAAGAACUCUGUGUAUUUCUCUCUUAAUUGUAUAACAUUUUUUAAUUUUUUUUGGGGGGGGGGACUUUUCCAAACUUGUCAACAUUUGAUAGCCCUGUCAGUCUUUAUAAGAGCAGUAGAAGCUGGUAGUCCACCUGUAUGUUUUUUGUUUUGUUUUUUUGUGAAAAGAAACAAAAGCCAAGAAUUCCCACCCCAUGUCCACCCAAAUGCAAACCAACCUCCAAGUCUUAUUAAUUGAUAUCAAAGAAGGGUUUAAUUUUAUCUCUGGUAGCAUAUCAGAGUACAGAGUAUGGAAUAAUUGGGUGAGAGAAAUAUUGGUUGAAAAGUGUUGUUCAAGAGAGGAGUCUGUGUAGCAAGCCCAUUCCAUGCUCUAAGGCAGUAUUCCGUGACCCAUCAUGCCUAUAUUUAUUAACCAAAGUUAAAGGACAACAGGGAUAUUAAUGCCAAAAUUAAACCUAAAUUGCUAAAGGUGUUAUUGGGACAAUCUAGGUCUCUUUGGUUUCAAAUGUGGACAUCAGUAUAAAUGUUCUUUUGUCAGUGAGGAUCACUAGAAAUAUUUUUAAAGAAUACAAUAAUUAUGAUAAUUAUAUUAAAUCAACUGAAACAAACUGACUCUGCCUAGGAAUAGAAGUAUGAGACUUUUCCGUCACCUAAUGGUGGUUUUUAUGUGUCUUAUAAUCUUAGAAAUAUUUAGAUAAUUCUAAUUAGAAAUGUUGCUAUGGGGGCCGGAGCCUAGCAGCCAAGCUGAAUGGUUGCAUUCUCUGUAUGCUCCGUAAUACUGAGCAAAGAAAUCGCUAUAAUACCCACUUUUACCCCCAAGUUGCGAGACAUUUUGGGCCUCCAUAACAAGCAUAAAUGAGAUGGGCAGGAAAAACAAAAAAACAAAAGCCAGAACAGCCUCGACCGGGCGUGAGCAUCGGGGAUCUCUGGCGGUGGGCACAUGGCGCAUUGGAGUACUCGCGACGCCCACAGCAUAGCAGAAACAAUUCCAGAUACAGAGCUACCUCACCUCCUAAGGCACUUUGUGAGUGUAGUGCUUCCACCUAUGCAGGCUAAAGGGGUGUGCUUUGAUGGUAUGUUCAGAAUCCCCAAUUCAGCUACAGCCUCAACUGCAGCAACAAGGGACUUAAAGGACCACUAUAGGCACCCAGACCACUUCAGCUCAAUUAAGUGGUCUGGGUGCCAGGUCUAUUUAGGAUUAACCCUGCCUGCUGUAAACAUAGUUUCAGAGAAACUGCUAUGUUUACUUUAGGGUUAAUCCAGCCUCUAGUGGCUGUCUCAUUGAUUUUCACAGUGAGAAGACGCCAGCGUCCAUAGGAAAGCAUUGAGAAUGUGCUGGAGGGGGACACUGAGGGUGGGGGCACCCUCAGGGCACUUUAGUGCCGUGAAAAUGGGUUUGUUUUCCUGGCACUAUAGUUGUCCUUUAAUAGUCAGAUUCCAGAGACGACAGGACAAGGCUACAGUCAUGACCGCAAUACAGGGGAACUCACCAUACUCAUUUGAACACAUGUCCCUUACCUUCUACGCGGGCCUAUCUGGGGGAACCAUGGCAUGGUGAAGCUUCCUUAAAUCCUUCACAUUCCUGCUCCUCACACACAAUGUCAAAUAUCAAUGGCGCUCAUAUCACAUGCUACUGGUGCUCCACGGAGUAACUACGUAUUUCAUCAAGGAUCUGCAAGAGGCGAAGGCACACCUGACGACACUGGGACCCCCAGGUCUCUACAGGACUCUCUAAAACAGCCAUGCUUAGCUUCCAAUACCCAUGAGUGGAACCCAGCAGCGACUGUGCCAUUUGUCCCCCGAGGGCCCACCCCCGAAGCAUAUGCGAUAGCCACUAUCUGAGUCCUCACUGAAGGUCUGCAGGCCAGACCUCCUACACCUAAUACAAUCACGUUUAUGGUUAUAUUGUUAAUUAAGUUCUCUGUUUGCACUUCUGUUUUGAGGUACACUCAUAAAAUGCAAUGUCCACCUGCCGCUACAUAUCCAUCCUUUCCACACACAGUUUUCACAAACCAUAUGGUGCCCCUCAUGCCUGGGUCGCAGAGAUAACCUUACUCUAACAGCGCCAGCUCCUGCUCGCUCCCAAGCAUCUCCCUCACUGGAAUAGACAAACACACAUAUGGAAAUAGGCAAGCAGGCUGCUACUCAGUACCCACCUUGCAAGACAUAGCGAGGAGAGCCAGGGGACCAGGCGACAUACAGCCCUGUUGGAUAUCUCGGCUCACGCCACCCCAGACAGCAUUACACAACACCGUAGACGCAUUGCCCGCUAAUUCAAAUGAUGCCUCCGACCAGGGAUAAUCGUAAUACUCCCAGCAUCCUUAGCUCACCUGACAUCUGUAUCCCCCACGGCAGCUCCUCGACCCAUAUGCAUCACCGCCACUUACCGCAACAUACCAUCCACUAGGAGCAAGGUGCAAAGAGUAUACCAAUUUAGCAAGAAUUCCCUAGAGGAACGUAGAUGUACACAUAUGCCAUCCUCCUACAACAUAAUACUCAAUCCAUGGACUAGUGACACCAAAUUUCUGUGCUAUAAGGUAUUUUUGUAUAUUUGAUAUAGGCCCAUUCCCAGGUGUUGGAAACAAGAUACAGAAAGCCAGGGUCCCAGAGCCAGGGCCUUGGAUUUGGAUAAAAUUAUUUCACAUCCCAUUAUCUUCCUAUAUUUGUCAAACGUUUGAGGGACAUACUGCAGAUAAUUUCUCAGAUAUAAAUCAAAAUAUUUUCUGCAAGUGCCUUAAGUUUGCAACGUCCCUGGAUCUGUAUACUCCUGAAGUGCUAUGUUUUGAACAGCAAACAUAACAGGUUCCAGAGAAAGAUUCAUGGCAAGUGGACAACCCUCACAGACUCAUCUUUCCAUCAAUAGCUGCUCAGAAUCAGUCCCGUUAAUUGUGAUACUAGUGGUUGGUCUCUUAUAGAGAUUUCGAAUGAAAGGAAAAAAGGUCAAUUCCAACAUUCUGGAAUGGGCAAGCAGAGCCAACAAAUCAGAAGCUUGGUGGGAAGCAAAACUAAGCAAUGUAGAGGGAAUUUCUGUGCUGGAUGAUUGAGAAAAUGCUGCAGCUGUCUCCAGCCUGAUUUACUGGGGGGAGGUGUUCCUUCAAUAUUUUGAAAUAAUCAGCAUUGAAGCUCCCAGGGCCAUGAGGUUAGCCAGAUUUGACCCAGCUGAGAGUAACAUAGCCUUUAUAUGUUCAGGAGGCAUUUAACCCCUUAAGGACACAUGACGGAAAUAUUCCGUCAUGAUUCCCUUUUAUUCCAGAAGUUGUGUCCUUAGGGGGUUAAUAUUUUUCUUUGCUCAUUUGUUAAGUAAUCCAUGUCCACCUGUUUAAGAAGAUGCAUCCCAAAUAUUGCAUAAUUCAGAGAAUUGUACUAAAGGGUAUGAUAAAAUUCACUAAAUAUUGUGUUAAUUCUGAUAGGAUCAUAGGUUAUCAUGGCAGCAGUGUCUCGGAUACAAGGGAUUUGAAACCUUGUAGUUGCUUAUUUUGCUAUUUUGCUCAUUAGCAAUUUCUUUGAUUUGUUUCCCAAAGUGUGGAAGGACUGUUUUUUUUCAGUCCACUUAAGUGCAAUUUGAUUAUUUAUUCCUUUAACAGGAGAGAAUCUACAAUUCUGUGCCGGUUCAUUUGGUUUGAUUUAUUGGGGAAGCAAUGUAGUCCGGAUAAGCUUGUCUAAGAGAGAGACUCAGGGAGUCCUAUUUAGCUUUAAAGGCUUUUUUGAAUUUGGCAAUGUCCCCUCAUUAUUGCCCUAGAGGUCUGUCAGGACAGCACCGGAUUAUCCACAUGCUGGAUAUUGUCAAUAUAAUUAGCACUGUUUGCUUCCAACAAAUGAGUCAUUGUUUAUUAAAUAACUUGGGAAUCACCAAUGCUGAAGUCUGAACUGUUACAUAUCUUAGUUCAGGGUCCCGUUUGUACACGUUUAUUAAUAAAAGGUAGUUUGUCAAUGUUGUUUGGUAAAUGCAGAGUUGUAGCAAGCCUAUACUGAAGAGUCAGGAAUUGUAUAACUGAUUGGGCAGGCUCACAUAUCUAAACUUGUUUCUACAAUAUCUAUUUUCUAAGUCUUCCUUUCCUCCAGAAAUACGCAAUAUGUGCGUAUUUAGAGAACUGGGUUUGUAGCAAAGUGAGCAAGCUCUCCUGUCACCUUUUAUCUGUUCCUGGUUAAAUAGACAGGCAGUUUGUUCCCUGGCAUCAUCUAUUGAUGUUUUAAAGGGACACACGAGGCACCAUAACCACUCUAUCUAAUUGAAGUCCCAUGGCACCAACCCACUCUUCAGCGUUGAACCCUUCUUGGUUUUUUUUAACACUGAAUAAGGCUUUGUAAGUGCCUACAUCCCAGCCCCCAUUACCUGUCUUUCUUUCUGUCUCUCUCUGCUCAGGCUGAGGCACAUUUCUCAAUUAACCUGGGCAGUGGUAGGUGGUAGUGAUAGGCUGUAAUCCACCAUAGCCGUACCUCCAGCAGGAGCUCUUGUGGAAUCUUAUUCAGCAAUAAACAGUUGGAAAACACUUGUUUCCCAUGUUGUCUUAGUCAUACUUCACUGAGUUUGUUUCUGUUUGCUCCAUCCAGUGUGAGUUUUACUAUAUUUUAUUUAUAACAAAAAUACAAACAAAUAGAUACAAAGAAACCCAACACAAAAAGUGUAAAGGGAUCGCUGUAUCACCUGGAAAUGCAAGUAGUUGGUUGUAGUGAUCUACACAAUUUAGCACUACAUUGUGUAGAUCACUUCAACCAACUACUUGCAUUUCCAGGUGAUACAGCGAUCCCUUUACAUUUUUUGUGUUGGGUUUCUUUGUAUCUAUUUGUUUGUAUUUUUGUUCUACCUACUAUAGGGUUAAGCCCUGUGAGACCCCUGGAGUCUCGACUUGGCCCUAACUGGACGCUGCCUUUUUGGUAUAGCGUCGCAGGUGGUACCAUACUGUCCUUUCUUGUUCUUUCAUUCUAUAUUUUAUUUAUAUUUUUGUCCUUGUUGGUUGUCUUCCCCUUUGUUACCUUGGCCUUUGCACUUGUCAUCAUUUUAUGUGGCACUAUAUCAUGUUAUUAGCUGUAUGAUUAUUAUAGUCUUCUUUAUACUUUCAGUUUUCAAAAAUAGUUUUUUCCCGACUGUUGUAAUUAGUCAACUCUCACUUGGUUGACCUGCAGUGGUUUUUUUUUUUCUUUCACAAUUGUCCUCGGAGAUGCAAUUAAAAUUGUUAAUUGAACAGAAAAAAAAUUAGAUGGGAGGUAUUACCACAUAUAACGAGAUGGUUUAUUUAUUUAUUUAUAUCACAUCUCUAGAAGAAUACAAGCAUAGAAGAGUGGGUUCUUUCCACCCCUUUGAAGGUACAUGCUAAGCACCAAAACAACUUUAGCUUAAUUAACUGGGUUUGGUGUGUAGAUAAUUCCCCUGCAGGGUCAUUACUCAAUUAUCUGCCAUUUAGGAGUUAUAUCACACUUCCAUAAAAAAGAGCUGAAACUUUUUAGCUUCCCUUAUUGAGAAGUGUGUUUAGUUUAAAAUCUCUAAUCUCCUUCUCUGUUAACUGUCUGAUGGAGCAUUAAACAUAGAAACAUAGAAUGUGACGGCAGAUAAGAACCAUUCGGCCCAUCUAGUCUGCCCAAUUUUCUAAAUACUUUCAUUAGUCCCUGGCCUUAUCUUAUAGUUAGGAUAGCCUUAUGCCUAUCCCACGCAUGCUUAAACUCCUUCACUGUGUUAACCUCUACCACUUCAGCUGGAAGGCUAUUCCAUACAUCUACUACCCUCUCAGUAAAGUAAUACUUACUGAUAUUUUUUUAAACCUUUGCCUCUCUAAUUUAAGACUAUGUCCUCUUGUUGUGGUAGUUUUUUUUUAUUGUAAAUAUAGUCUCCUCCUUUACUGUGUUGAUUCCCUUUACAGCCUCUGGUGUGUAAAUAAAUAGGCUCAAUUAACAGGGCAAGAGAUACGAACUUCUAAUAUAAACCCACUGUGCUGUAAAAAUUAAACCUUUAUUCAUGAAGGCUACGUAAGUCAGGGCAAGUGUCGCUAGGGAUGCAUAAACAGUGAUUUAACAUCUCAACGAUAGAGAAUUGAGCAUUGACACCAAAACCACUUCAUUAAGCUAAAGUUGUUUCCAUGAUCUAGCAGGGUUAUUUACUAAACUGAAUGCAAAGUACAUUUUAAACAUAAGGUCAGACUAACUGAAUUUGAAGCAUAUCUGAGUAUUUUCCCAGUUCAGCUAAUAUGACCUUACAUUGGAAAUUCACUUUGAAUUCUCACUUUAGUGAAGAUUCCUAGUGGUGUCCCUUUUAGGGGAUAAUAUAAUGGAGGAAAGACAAAUGCAACCUUGGAUAGUAUAACUACUCUGCUUUAGAUUAAUUCCCUUCCUUGUAACAUGGAUAUUUCUUUAUUGGGAUUAUUAAAGGCAUGCAAGACUGACUGCCUUCCAGCCAGCCUCAAUCAGGAAAGCCUGUGUUCAACACGAGCUGACAGUUGAGAUGGAGGGACAGGAUACUGAAAUCGAGCUAUUCUGCCUAAAACAGGACAACUAGGAAGCAUGUUAAAUCACAAGCAGUUGCAGCUGGAGGUAGUAGCUUUGCACCUGCUUCCAUGUGUAGAGGUUUCAGCUAGAUUAUCUUCAUCUUAUCUUUUAUUGGCUUGUUUCUACUUUACUUCACAUCUGUGACGUUCGUCCUAAUUAUAUCCACUCUUAGCAUUGUGGGAUCUGUACAUGCAGAACUUGCAACUUUGUCCCCAUGGAAUUCUCUUUGUAUUUUAGUCCUGAGAUCAUUUGGAAACUUGGUCAUCCGUCAUCUGGAUAAUUAGUUUAGUUAUGUCUACCAGGGCUUGCUUCUGGUCUACUGGUUAUUGUAGCAGCCUGUUUAACUAUGGAAACCAGAUUUUAAGCCUAUUAAGUUUGUUCCUUUGUUUGCUUUCUAAAGGGUACCUGUCAUGUCCCAAACAACUUUUGCUCAUUUGAUUGAGUAUAAGAUUUUAUCUAUACAUUGUGCUUGCGGUUUUGCUAGCAAAUGUAUAAAUUGGUAGGGGGGGGGAAUGUACAAACAGUUUAUUCUCACAGCCAUCCUUCAAUGUCUCGUUGUGCCAAAGCAUUGACUAACAAGGGAGAGCAGAAAAGACCUCUUAUAGGAGGUCCCUCUGCUCUCCACCCAUAGCAACUGCAGUGCAUGCAUGGAGUGAUGUAAUGUCACUCUGUUUCCCAUGCCAGCACACUGGCAACAAAUCCAGCGUGCUGACAUCACUGGAGAGAUUUAUCCUGCUUGGGAUGCAUCACGAGCAGGGCAAAUCAAGGAAGACUUCAUAACUAGCGCAUGCAGAGCAGUGGACGGCCAGGAAGGUGUUACAAGAAGAGUAAAACCCAUGAAGAGGAAUUUAGGAAUAUUUUACGUUGAAAACACCAGGUAUUUUUGUGAUAUUUGGUGUAUUCAAUGUAUAUGGGAGAUAAUUUAGGUAAGGUUUUAUGUGACCUUUAAAUUGACAUUCACUAGGAACUGUCACUUUAGUGAAUACAAACAUGUAUAAUCAGGUUUCACAAAAUACAAAGUAUAGGUUAAAUUAAAUAAUAAUUAAAUAAUAAGGAUACUGUAAUUGUGAGGUAGAAGAACAAACUAAAAGCAAAGUUUAAUAAACUGUCCCCUAUUCUUAAUGGAGCAUGAAAAAGUACAUGCAGUAACCAGAAGCAAAGUGCAAAAAAAAUAUGGCUGAUCAGCAAGAAAUGGCUGUACAAGUCUAUAGUAUAUGGCUGUACAAGUCUAUAGUAUUACCGUAUAUACUCGUGUAUAAGUCGAGAAAUUUUAGUCGUAAACUUCAGUUUAAAACGCAGAGUCGACUUAUCCACGGGUCAGUGCCAGUUUCGAAAGAAUUUUGUACAGGGAUUAAAUCCUGCAGGAACGCGUUGGAAUGGCGUACCUACACUUUUUCCACAGCAGGAACGCCGUUCCAGAUUGUAGUCCUGCAGGCCCUCCCCACCCCCCGGCACUGAAAGAGUUAACCCCAGAUUUCAGGGCACUAACCCUUCAGUGGCUGGAUGUCAGUAUGCCAUUCACAAGACAAUGUAUAUAGAAGGUUUGUCACUCCCAGGCUGCGGCUGGCGGUGGUGAGAGUUAAAGUCCACAAUGAAUGGCUGAAACUUUGUAUAAAUAAUCUAAUCAGAAAUAAAAUCUCACGUAAUACUCCAAUUCUACAGAACUUUAUUUACUCACUACAACGAUCGUACAUCACAUAUUAUGGGGUCAUGUCCUUCCUACACUUGGAACCAACAUUUCUCCUUUCAGUUCCUUACUCUGGCAGUACACUGCCCCCUCCUGGCCCUACCUCUGUAAGGUGCACUAACCUGAGCCACUGCAGCACCCUGGGUACCCACGACAGAAAGCUGCUAAAAGUUUAAAGAUGACUUACCUUGGAGUCCUCUCUGUAACCCAUUCCCCAAUGGAGAUAGUCUUAGGCCGAUGUUCUCCUCCUGGUCAGUUUUGCCUCGGUCCUCUCCCCCUGUCCCUGUGUCUCUAUGUGCUGUUAAACUGCACAGGGGUACUCAGCUGCGUGGAUCUUUCCCCGCUAUAAUGCUGCCACCUAGGGACAGGACAGCAAGCUCUGCUCUGUCUAUCGGAAUGAGUGUCAGAGUUGAGGAGAGGACCCCUUUGUGUGAGGUGGUAAAGUAGGACUUUUCAGUCCCUCUCCUGAUUUCUGCCCUCUGUAACUGUAAAAAACAAAACAAUACUAUCACCACAAUCACGUGUGAAUAGUGUAAAAUAAGUAUGCAAUAUACUUAUCAGGUAAAUCAAGUGGGCAGCCUCCCAAGAAUCACUUCCCAGGUAGUGGUCUUUUAAACCAGAAUACAAGCAAAACACAUAUGGGAUCUGGCUGUGGAAUCUAAAUAGAACAUAGACAAAAAUAGUGUAAUACAAUUUUAACAAAUAAUGUGCGCUGUACAAAAAUGCACUCACAAGAUGUAGACGUAUUAUGCACUCAAAAAGUGCCUCCCCCUUUGUAAUUGGGGGGCUUUGAAUCCCUCUCCACUGUCUGCAGGAUAGCAGGAGAUCAGGACUCCAGAUGGUAGUAUAAAAUAGCGUCUUUUAUGAUAAAUAAAAUAAAAUUGGUAAAACAGCAGUAGUUGUGGUCUUACAUGUUUUGUCCCACACUUGGAACUUCCUCAGAGACCAUAACAUCAAAGCAAACUACAGAUGGUUAUACAAAGAUAACUUUAAGCCUGUUCAGGCAUUUGCUAAUUUCUCACCAGCAAAGAUCGGAGGCUGGGUAUAAAGCAUCUUUUCCCAUGUAACCCAUGCUGUCCGCAGAGAGCCACACAGUGCAAGGGUUAAACAAAUGCAAUUUCUUCUCUGCUGACACAUUCCUUUAAAAUUAGACGAUCGAAUAUAAAUUGUCCAACACUAUACAAAUAUAUCAUGCUUAUUAAAUGUACACACGUGUGGGCAUCUCUGCUUCAAUCGCUCCCGAUUUUGGUUUUUAGACUUAAGUUAUUUGUUUACUACUAAUAAGUAAAGUUUGUCUUCUUAUUUGUCAUUCUUUUCUGAGCUACCACCCAAACAUUCCUUGUAAGCAUAUUGCUACUCAGAUUUGCUGGGGCAGUUAUCUUUCAUAGUUUCAAGUUUUACUUUCGACUUUUCCACAAGUCAUAGCAUAUUUCACAAUUGUUGGUCAAAAAACUGCACUCGACUUAUAGACAAGUAUAUACGGUACCUGGUGAGCCCCUUUUAAUUGGCUAAAACACAGGUAAAUGGUAAAAAAAUAUAUAUAUAUAAACAAUGGUAUAUAUAUCUUGUUUAUGAUAUUUUUUUAAAAUGAGCUGAAACACUAUGCUGUUCAAAACCCUUUAAAUAUUAUUAACAUGUUCGUACACUCUUUUAUGGAGAGGACGAAUAGUCCGGCCAACAUAUUGUAAUCCGCACAGACAAAUUAAAAGAUAAAUAAGGUUUUUACUAAAACAAGUUAUAAAAUCAUUUAUUUGGAAGUCUUCUACUUUGUGCUUUGUUUUAAAUUUGCUAAUGCCUUUUAAAGUUUUAUUUUUACUGCAUUUGCAUCCCACACAUUUUCCACAUGAAUAAAAGCCUUUUUUAUUAUUUUUUUAAAAAGUAGUAGCUGCUUCAGCUUUAGGGUGGUUAAAAGUUAGCAUACGUUUAAGACUUGGUACUCAUCUAAAGGUAAUAAAAGGUUUGUCUGGAAUCACUUUUAAUAGCUCAUUAUCUUUUUUAAGAAGGUGCCAGUGUCUAUUUAUAAUGGAUUUAACUUUCCUAUUAUCAUUAUUAAAAUCUAAAACCAAGGGCAUUAAAUUAGAAUUAUCAAAUGUUUUGUAGUGUUGUGUUUGGAAAUCAGUUCUUGUUGGUUCAAUAUAUUAGUUUCUUCAAGUGCUUUUUCAAGUAUAACUUCGGGGUAUUUCUUUUGUGCAAAUUUAUCUAAAACUAUUUUAGCUUGUUCUUUAAAAAUUUCGUUAUCAGUGCAAUUUCUCCUAAUCCUUUAUAACUGUCCUUUUGGUAUAUUAUUUAACCAAGGCGUAUAAUGUCCGCUAUUAUAUAGGACAUAACUACUAGCAUCCACAUUUUUGAUUUUUUUUUUUUGUUUUUAGAAUAUCCCCUUCUGUAUAGAUCUCCAGAUCUAAAAAAUGUAUGCUUGUAGUACUAAAUUGACUAUUUAGUUCAAUUCCCCAAUUACUAUUAUUUAUACUUAUUAAAAAGGAUUCCAAAUCACUUAACGUCCCCUUCUAUAUAAAAAAUAAAUAAAUUUAUAUACCUAUGGUAUGUGACCAGGUCCAUCCCCCAUGCUGUGCUGUUAAAAAUAACAUCAUUUUCCCAACCCAGCAUGAAUAAAUUGGCAUAACUGGGGGCGAACCUGGUUCCCAUUGACAUACCCUGACGCUGCAAAUAAAACCUAGAAUUAAAAACAAAAUAAUUAUUUUCUAAAAUCCAUCUUAUACUGUCUGUUAAAAAUAUUAUAUGCUCAUCUGAAAAUUUUCCUGACCUUUUUAAACAGUCCUGAAUUGUAUUACAACCUAAGUCACGUAGGAUUGAUGUGUAUAAUGCUGACACAUCUGAAGUCACCAGAAAAUAGCCCUCUUUCCAGCUGACAUUCUUAAUAAUUUUAAUAAUAUCUGUAGUAUCUCUUAAGUAUGAAGGUAUUUCCUUAACCAAAUCUUGCAACCAAAUGUCCACAUACUUAGAGAGGUUAGCUGAUAUGGAGCCAAUACCAGAAACAAUUGGCCUGCCAGGGGGUUGUGUCAAACUUUUAUGCACUUUUUGGUAAAGUGUAAAAGACAGAUGUCCUAGGGAAUUCGACCUUUAAAAAAUAAUAUUCUUUAUCAUUUAGCACACCUGUCUCUUUACCUCUCUCCAGCAGUGCAAAUAAGGAGGAUUUUAUCUCUUGAAUGGGAUCUUGUUUUAGUUCAAUAUAUACAUUGGUAUCUUUUAAUUGUCUGUAACAUUCCUCCAAAUAAUCGUUUGUAUUUUGGAUGACAAUGCUACCUCCCUUGUCUGCGGGCUUAAUAAUAAUCUCUUUGUUUUUCCUUAGGUUCUCUAGGGCCUUAUUUUCUUGUCCACUUAAAUUAUUCCUAAACUUUUUUCUUUGAUUUUCUGUAUCAAGUUUUUCAAAGUCCUCAAUCACAGAUUUCUCAAAUAUCUCAAUUGCACUAGUUUUGUAAGUCCUAGGAAAAAAAUUUGAUUUAUUUCUAAGUGCCGUAUGAGUUCCACUUGUUUUAUAAUCUACAAAUGUAUUAAUAUUAAAAAAUCUUUUUAAAGUCAGGGUUCUAGAAUAUUUCAAUAUAUCCACAUAGGCUGAAAAAGAAUAAAAAUUUCUUGAAGGUGCAAAUUUCCGACCCUUAUUUAAAAUCCUUAUUUCAUCUAUACUCGUUUUAUAUGUAGAGAGAUUCAUCACUCCCUCCAAUUUGACAUCCUUCCUCUUUUUUCGUUGUUGAAACUCGACCCCUCCUCUGCAUCCUCUAGGUCUUUGUCUCUCCAUCUUUUUUGGGAUGAGAAAGAUACCUUCCCCCUCUGCCUUCCUAAAAAAUCAUUUAAAACGUGAUUGAUGUGAUGACGUCAACACGUUUCAUUCCAACAGGAACUUUCUCAAGACUUGAUGUGUUAACAUAUUGCACAGUUGAUUAUACCAAGAACAAUCAACAAAGCAAAUCAUCAAUCUCACAUUUAAAUAAAUGGACAGCCUCACACUUAGAGGUCCAAGUUAUUCGUGAAAAUCUGUUAAAUAAUAAAUGAUACAGAAACUAUAAAUCACAGAUAUUUGAAACAAAUAAUAAAGUAAAUUUGUAUAACCAGCAAAAAGAUUAAAUUAUUCUGUGCAUAUGUACACUUACAACCUAAAUAAUAUAAGAACCUGUAUAACGUGUUUUAAUAGUAGCAAAAAAAAAGUGUGCUAAUCAGGACCAAACAUAUAUAUCUAAGGUCGUGGGAACAUAACCUAACUUAAUGUUGGAAAACUGCCAAUAGUAAAAAUACAGUGAAAUACAGUGCAGUAACAUUAUAGCACUUUACUAUCCAGUUAUCCAUGAAGAACUUUGGGGUACUAAGUAUCCAUCCAAUAAGUAAAUCUAUUUUGUUUCUGCUCUUACCAGGGCUAGAUGCCCAUCUGUAAGGGAUAGUCUGUAUGCCAGUAGAAGUUAAAUAUGUAGAAAUAGAAUUAUAGUGAAGUCUACAGCAGUGUUCCCCAACCCAGCCCUCAUGGCCCACCAACAGUCCAGAUUUUGUCAGUAUCUCCAGUGGAAUAAAACAGGGAAACACAUAAAUCCUGGACUGUUGGUGGUCCAUAAAGACUCGGUUGGGGGACACUGGUCUACAGUGCUUAGUUAUAGCAGUGUUAGAUAAAGUUAACUGCUAUAGUUUCAUUUGUUUUAAUUAUAGUAUGUGUGCUUUUCUGUCUGUCUAUUCUAUUUACAUGGUUUACUUUAUUAGAUGGGAGCCAAUUCAGUAUGCAUACCCGCAUUAAAAUAAGAGAUCAUUGUCUUAUUGAGAUCACAACCUAAACAAAUAUGUUUAUUUUCUUUACAAAAUUUGCUGCAGAUUUAAAGGAUUUUAAAUGUGUUUUAAAUGUAUGACACUUGAUGUUCCUGUUGCGCAUCCUUGGACACUAUAGAAAUGUGUAAUCCAAAAGCACAACUGUAUGAUCUGUUUGUCACUGUCAGGGCUAUUUACUAAAGUUAGAAUUCAAAGUGAAUUUAAGCCACUUGAAAACAUAGCUGGCUUAGAGAAGUUCCCCAAUUCAUUUUAUUUCGAUUGUAAAUUUGAAAUUCACUUUUAAUUCUCACUUUAGGUAAUAACCUUGUGAGUUGUGAUCCAAGAUAUUUUGGAAAAUAAUUACUGAAAGCAUCCUUUGCGCAAACAGUGGUUGAAAUUGUAGAUGGCAAAAAAAUGAGCACUGAGACUGCAGGGUUUAUGAAGCUGGAGUUGUUUUGGUGCCUUUAGUGUCCCUUUAACCAUUUGUGCCAGGAAUUUUGGUUGUUGGAUUCUGGGGAAAGUAUGGCUAAGUUUCUGUACACUGGCACUUGUGUUCUAUGCAGUUCUGUAUUUUAGAGUGUUAUUUAUUUAUUUUUAUUUUUUUCAGUGUUUUCAUGGAACUUUUUGUUGCAUAAUAACAUUUAACAUUUAUAAAUUAACAUUUGUUUGAUUCUUAGACUAUGAAGAUGAUACACAAAUAAUUAACAAUAUAGAGUGCACCCCUGGACAAUAUUUUGUCCAACCUGGAGAUGAAAAGGAUGAGAAGAAAGCCUGCCAAUUCAGACGCUCACAGUUAAAGAACUGCUCUGGGAUUGAUGACCCGUCCUAUGGUUUUGCAGAAGGGAAGCCUUGCUUCAUACUAAAGAUGAAUCGGGUAAUGUUAAACAAUGAUGCUGAUGUAAAGUUUUCAAAGAAGAAGAAACAACUGGUUCAAUAGGGUAGGCACAUGAACAUGGAAACGUGAACACAAAGAUAAUAAAUAAGUUUUGGCCAAAGGCCUUAAUUACGGCUUUGGCCAAAACAUUUAAUUUUUUAUUUUUGUGUUCCUGUUUCCAAUAAUCCUUCAUUGAUGUGCCUACUCCAUAGAACCUGUAGAUUCUUUACCAUUGCUACUAUUUUUAGAAGUGUUGGUUCUCUACCACAGUGUGCCAGGCUGGGCAUUGGAACACUGCUUCCUUUCCCUAUAGUACCGCACCACGUCACAUUUUCAAUUAUAUGUGUUUUUUCUGAGGUUAAGCAUCACAAAAUAUAUACGGUUAAUUUACUAAACAAUAAACAACUGUAACCUGAUAAUCAAAUUUUACAUUUGAAUGUGAAAAACUAGCACAGCUCUAUAUAGUGGUUAUGGUGUUGUGUUUCUGUGAACACUAUUCCCCAUUUUUCACGGAUUUAACUAAAAAUGGGUCUCUCUCUAGCGCCCACUCCCACUUCAGCCACUUAUGUAAUGCAGAAAUUACACUUCUGUGUUACCGAUAUCAACUCUGUCCAACCUGGAUGGCAGUGAUAGGUAGAGAGUGCUAAGGGUGGAAUUUAAAAAUGUAAUCCAAAAACAGAGCCAUAAAACCUAUUCCACAUAUUUUUUAUGAAAACAUAGUCUCAGGGUUUCGUAUGUAUUGUUUGCUCCUAGAUAGUAGUGGGUUGAAGAAGAAAAGUAUUUGAAUUUGAUAUUUUAGACUUGCCAACUACUAAGCCCUGAGACUGUCCAUCUGUCAGAACACUUCUGUUCAGAACACAGCUGUCAAAAACUGAGCCAGAACACCAGCCAUUGAGCUGAGCCAUCCUGUGUCAGUGAAUUUAACCUGACUGUAUUCUGCUUUCCACAUGGGCCAAGAGAAAAUAAUAUGACUUAUUUCUCAUGUUAUCGCUUAUUAUAAACUAAAUAUCCAUACUCGCUUGUUUAAUGUCCUAUACCACUCAACAUUUCAACUCUACAGUUCAGGGUCUUUUUCAAGUCUGUAUUUUCAGUAAAUUUUUCUAGUUCUGUCAAAUAUUGGAGAGUGGUUUUAACCCCUUCAGCGCCGCGGGAGGGGGGCGCGAAGUUGGGGGGAACCUUUUGGACCCUUUAAUCCCUUUACAAAGAACAUAAAGGUUUUUUUUUUUCACUAAACUGUGAAUUGUAGCGAAGUGAAAAAACAGUCUUCAGAAGAGCUUGUCCAUGGGGUCUGAUGGGUUUCAUCCUGCCAGGUUUUGUAAAAUCAAAUCUUUUUGCACAGUAAGGACUUUCGUGUGUAAGAAGACAUAUUGUGUCUAUCGUAAUUAUAUCUGAGUUCCAUCUUACCUGAAUUUAUUGAUGGGUAGAGAUACUACGUCAAGGCUAACCAAAUAGUCAUGUCAAGAUUUUGGGACAUUAAAAAAAAAAAAAAAAAAAGUAUAGACCUCUUAGUUUGUUCUAACAUGAUUUUUAACAUCAGCCAUUUGCUUUGCAUUCUGAGUGCCAAAAAUGACUGACCUGUGUAUUGUCCUAUAAUAAAUAAUAAAAAGCUAUAAAAUAUUGGGAUAUAUUGUCUCCCCCAGUGCUGCUGUAAGUCACCCACGGCAAUGUCACCAACAACCCUAAAAUUCACAAAAUAAAAUACAAGAAUAAAGAGUUUAUUGUCCUAUCUUCUAGGACUGUCAUUGGGCAAUAGCAUCAAUGGGUGGAGUUGGACCUCUUUAAGAUUGUUGUUGUUUCUGAUACAGGUGUAUAUAUAGGUUUCUGGUUUGUACAAGGCAUUGUUCAUUAGAUCAGUACAUCUUUGAAUUUCACCAGCUUUCACAGUGAGUUUUAGACUAAAAUACGCAAGCUGUGACUGUAUCUGAGCUCAAGCAUUUUACUGUUACUGAGUUUUCAGUUCAGUACUAGUAUACCUGAUGUUCCAUCGUGCCAGAUACAGUACAGCUGAGCAACAUGUGUUUCCAGUCAGCCAUUGCAAUGUGUUCUCCAGAUCUGGAUCAAAGUCACCGCAACUUUAUUUCUCUCCUCCAACCUCAACAAUGGUAUGAGAUUUCAGUUUCUAAAUUACUUACUUCUGGUUUUUCUGUGGUGCAUAUAUUUAAACAUUUUUUUAUUUAUUCACUAGAUCCUUGGGUUUGAGGCUGGUUCCGGAGUGCCUAUCUAUGUAACCUGUGAUAUUCCGGUAUGAAGUAUUUAUUAUGGUUCAACUUUUUUUUAUUUUUUUUUAUGAUCAAAUUAACGGCAACACUAAUAGUUUUUGCAUAUUUUUUUCGGCAUGUUUUAAUAAAUAUCAUCAUUUAUAUAACAUCUAUAAGUUUUACAUUCUCAGAUAUGGUCCGUAAUAUGUCUGUUGAUCCGUAAACUCUUCUUUAUAACACAAUAUACUUGUAAACAGUACACAGUGCAGCAUGGAAACGCAUAUUGGGGAAUUUAAUUGAUUUGUACAAAUCCUUGUGUACCAGAACAUACUUGAAAACAAGAGAAAUCUCAAUGUAUCCUUCCUGGUAAAAUAUUUUAUAAAUAAAUAAAUGGUUUUUUUUAAUGUUAUUUACAUGCAUGUGAUUCCCCUAAAUUUGUCAAUGAGGACACACGAAUGCUACUCAAUUAUAAAAUGUUAUCCCAAAUUAUUGACAAUGCCAGCUAGUAAGCUUGAAAUUAAAGGUCAAGGUUAUGUCAGACAUUAGAGUUAAGGUUAAAUAUAAUCCUCCACACGUUACUUUUUUUAUUUACCCAUUAGCUUUGUAUGCCUUUUGGAGAUGUCAUAUUGUGUCUUAUCAUUUCAACCCAAAUCAUAUUGAUACCAAUUAACUGUGAACCAGUUUCUUGUGUUACAAUUUUUACAUUGCAAGGAGUUGUAGGUCAUUGGAGAAAAUGUCUAGAUAACAGAACAGAAUUUGCAGAAAAAUAAUCUUUAGUUAGUUAUGAGCCAGGUGGUGCCACAAAUACAGGUUCUAUACUAACUCCAUUCCAGGGAGUAAAAAAUAUUUAUUAAAGGAGCACUAUAGGGUCAGGAACACAAACAUGUAUUCCUGACCCUAUAGGGUUAAAACCACCAUCUAGCCCACCUGGUCCCCUCAUGCCUCCCUAACAAUAGCAAAUUCUUACUUGUAUUCAAGUCUGGAGCUGCUAGCUCUGGCUCUGUUUCCUUUAGACCUGCCCACUGCCUGCUGACAUCAGCAGAAGUGGAAGCCUGAUCCAAUCACAAUGCUUCCCCAUAGGAUUGGCUGAGACUGACAAGGAGGCAGAUUAGGGGCAGAGCCAGCAUAAUUCGAACACAGCCCUGGCCAAUCAGCAUCUCCUCAUAGAGAUUAAAGGGACACUAUAGUCACCAGAACAGCUACAGCUUAUUGAAUUUGUUCUGGUGAGUAUAAUCAUUACCUUCAGGCUUUUUGCUGUAAACACUGUAUUUUCAGAGAAAAUGCAGUGUUUACAUUACAGCUUAGUGAUAACUUCACUGGCCACUUCUCAGAUGGCCCAUACAGAAUGUGCAUCACUUGACGUUCCAAAACAGUAGUGCGGUUUAUCCCAUCCUGAUGCUUUCAUUGCUCAGUAGUGUCAGUUAUUGGUUUUACAUUCUGUCCUCUGGCAACAAGUAUUCAUUUUCCACAAACUGAUUAUUUUACCAGUCUAAACAUUGUAGUAUAGAUAUAUAGGCAUUGCAUGUGUGCACCAUGAGAGAGACCUAAUAAUGUAAAAACUGUAAUUAGUGUGUUUAUAUUUUAUUAAAUAAUAUAUAUAUAUAUAUAAAAAAAAUUGGGCUGCACUCACGGUCUUUCCAUGUAUAGUUUUCUGUAUUCCAUCAUAUUAAAAGCAGAAGCUUUUAAUAUGAUGGAAUAAAGAAAACUAUACAUGGGAAGACCGUGAGUGCAGACCAAUUUUUUUUAUUAUCUUGAAUAUUCACACCAAUGACGUUUUAGCCGCGAGGCAAACAAGGCAUUUGCCUUGGGCGUCAUUUUUCAGGGGGCGGCAAAAAAAGCCGCCCCCAAAUGCCCAGGGCAAAUGUCUUGUUAGCCUUGUGGCUAACAGACAUGCUGGGCUGGCUGAUGGGCGGGCAGGCGGGUGGCGCUGGCGAGGGAGCACUUUUCCCUGAGCUGUCUGCUCAGCUCCCUCGCGUUUGUCUGUUAGUGUGUGUGUGUGUGUGUCUGUUAGUGAGUGUGUGUUUGUCUGUUAGUGAGUGAGUCUGUUAGUGAGUAUGUGUUUCUGUCAGUGAAAAUCUGUGUGUAUUUAGAAUGCGGUGCGGGGGGGGGACGGGCGCCUGAGUUUUUUCCUGCCUAGGGCAGCACAAAACCAAGAUACAGCACUGAUUCACACCCCAGGACUGGCACCCGGCACUUAAUAUUAUACUCAAGCAUGAGUGUAAGGACUAUUCAAAAAAGUUUGUAUUUUGUAUAUAUAUAGAAAUACCUUGUGUACAGUUAAAUGUUAUACAAUGUGCAUUUACGUAGGAUAGAUAUCUGUCUGCUGUUAUAUACCUGUUAUUUAAAUGCAUUCAUAAUUAUAUUUUUAUUGUUUGUUUCGUUGUUUGUUUGUUUGUUUUUUCAAAGAGAGGCAAUCGGAAUCUAGGGUCAGUGAACUUCUAUCCAUCUAACAGAUUUGACCUCAUGUACUUCCCUUACUAUGGCAAAAUCACACACGUGAGUACCUGGAUUACCAUUACCUACCAAAAUAUGGUUUCCACAUGGUAAAACCCCAAUUUAUUACUAAAUUAAGUGUAAACUGCUAGUUUGUUCUGACAUUGUUUGAUAAACAUUAUUUAACCAGAGAAGCCCCAUGUAUUCUAUUGUUUAUCCAUUGACAUAAAGUUCCAACUGAAGAUUCUUAUGCAAUGAUAUAUUUUUACCCAAGGCUUGCCUGCUACACUGUGCGGAUGUUUUAGUUUCAUAUUAUAGGAUGUCUUGGUUUCGAGACCCCCAUGGUGCAGACUUCUCCUCAAGCUUUGGUACAUUUGUUUAAAGGAACAUAAAAAUGUAUUCAUAACACUAUAGUACUCAAAUCACCAUUUAAAGGAACACUGCAGACACCAUAACAACUUCAUCUAAAUAAAGUUGUUUUGGUGCCAGGAGGCCCCCGCCGCACUCUUUCCUCAAGGUGUUUAACAGUUUUCAAAUCUCCAGUGCCGAUCUCAAUUUCCCCUGGGUGGCAUCCGGUAUCUGAAAUUUCAGCUUCAGGAAGCUCGGAGUGCCGCCAACCAGGAGGUCAUCUGACGCUGUCAGUCAAUCAGUGACUCCCCAUUCACAAAACUGGUUUGGAAAGUAAUGUACCUUUUCAAACCAGGUUUGUGAAUGAGGAAUCACUGAUUGGCUGAGAGCGUCAGCUGACCACUCUUAGUCAAUCAACCGUGCCCCUGCUUAGUGACAUCCCGCUUCCUGAAACUGACAUUUAAGAGGCUAGAUGCCACCUGGAGUAGAGAUUGGUGACUGUUGUGCCUAAUCAUUAAAUUCAUGAAGCCCCAAUAUCAAAAAGCCAUUAUCAAUUACCCUAAAGUUUUUAAAGAUAUUGGUGGGCACCAAAACCCUAUUCGGGAUGAGUGAAUUGAGUAUUAGAGAAAGGGGAAAACACUGACAGCAAGUACUUGUAAAUAAUCAAUACAAACUUUAUUGAUUAACAGAGACUUAAUUAAUAAGUAAUAACAUUGAAUCUAUAGUCCACAUUCAGCUUAAAGAAACAGUUUAAUUAUCUAGAUAUUCAGCUUAAGUUAUGCAUCACCAUUAGAGAAGCUUGCUGCACUCGACUGAGAACUUCUGGCAGUCAGUUUUGAAGGUACCAUCUCUUUCUGGGAAUCAGCAGAACCAUCAAUUCGUGUCCGUAUUACAGGUGGGUAGUACUCCAAGCGAGUGCCAAGUUUUCUCAUCUUUUAUAAGUUUUUUUACCAAUGGGAUGGAUAGUCUUGUACUUUUCCACCAAGUCUCCUUAUCAGUGCAGCCCAGCAAAGAUCUUGCAAAAGCACUGGAUGGGACCAGGCUGUCCAGUGCCACCAACAAUGCCAUGCCAGGUAGAGGCUAGCUAUGUACUAAUAAUUAUCUUGUGAUGGUAUGCAUGAGUCAUUCUGGUGCUGUGAUUUGUGGUUUUAUUAACAUUUUCAGUGCUGUGUAUUAGUAGCUGUGGCACCCAGGCCUGCAUCUAGUAAUACUGCCUGUGUGUGCUUAAGUGCAUACCGGCGCCAUCUUAACUAUCUUUGAGAGUUUAGUUCAAUCAUUCUUAAUUAAUAUGGAAUAUUAUUAUCACAGUGACGGAAGCAACUUUAGGGUUAAACUGUUUAAGAACAGUUUGACACCCCUGAGGCCUGUGGGCCUCCUGGCACCAUAACAACUUAAUUUAGAUUAAGUUGUUAUGGUGCCCAAACUGUCCCUUUAAAUGACAGGGCCAGUGCUGCCAGGAUUACAAAAGGUAGUGAACUCAGCAUUUUUCUCUCGCCACACUGGUCUCCUUUUGCAAACUCUGCCUCUUUGGCUGAGAUAAUGGACAAGCUAGUGCGUCUCUCUUAAACCAUCUGAUUAAAAUAGAGUUUUACUCUGCUAAUUUACUGAAGCACCUCAUAUUGACGGCCACUAGAGGCAGACUAAGCCUGCAAAGAAAACAUGUUUUUGCAGAACGGCAAUGUUUUCAAUUGCAAGGUUAAAAGGGGUGAAGUGGUCUGGGUGCCUAUAGAGUUCCUUGAAUAGAAAUACAGAGCAGUAACAGUAAUUCAUUAAAGUACAGAGUACUUUUUUCUGCAACAGUAAAAUCUGCAAUAUUUAUAUAUAUUUUUUGUUAACGCUUGGUUCAAGGAAGCAUUGGGGAAUAUUACCAGACUUCUUGCACCAUAACUACAAUAAUUAACUGUAAUGGUUAAAUUGCAUAAAAUAUACGUAUAAAGUUGCUUUUUGGUGCCCAGGGCAGAAUCCUUGAUGUCCUUCACUCUUAAACAGGGAGGGGGCAGACCUUUUUUAUUAUUAUUAUUAUUAUUAUUGGCAGUAAGUUUGUGCCUUUUACUAUUUUUUAUAAAUAUGAAUGGAUAUGGUUUGAACAAAUUGUGAGGGGGCUUAAAUGUCUCUGGCGAAUUAUCCUUGGGAAAAAACUUCAUAUGUACAAAAGAAUGAAAAAAAUAAUAAUACCAAACAUUGACAUUUCUUCUCACAUCUAUUUGUAAAACACGCAUACUAAAUGGUAUUAGUGUGCAAAACUGGAACACGUGAUUAUUAACAGAAUUUGUGUUUGUUUUUUUGUUUUUGUUUCUUUAGGUAAAUUAUUCCUCCCCUCUAAUAGCAAUGCAUUUCACAGAGGUGGCCAGAAAUGAAGAUGUAACCAUCCAAUGCAAGAUAAAUGGAAAACGCAUUAUUAGUGAUAACAAUAAUGAUCGAUUUCUGGGCAGAAUAAUCUUCACAUUGCAUAUCGGAUGAGAUACCAAACUUUCCAGCAUUACUCCCAGCGACCCUUGACUAUUCACAGUCCCUGUAAACUGCGGACAGUACAGUUCACCAAUCACACUUCAGAUUUCUCUUAAUUCUUUAUGGACUCAUUGGACAGUAAUGCAGAUCAGCACAAAUAAGAAUAGUAGAAGCAAAGACUAAAAUAACAUAGCAACAAAUAAUCUUGUAAAUACAAAACAUGAAAAAAAACCCCUAAGAUUUGAAUUUCUAAUAAGGGGGAAAAAGUGACACUAAUGUGAUAAUAUAUAGUAAAAUACCCCAUUAUAAAUCCAAUUACGUCUCAGAACCACAUGACUAAGCGUCCAUAAAGAAAAGUGUCUAUUUCUUGCUCGGUGUGGUACAUAAAAUUGUCUCUCUUGUUAUUUCUCUUUGGAAGACUACCCACAGGACUACAAUGAGACAGCUAAAAUUCUUAGUUUUUUUCAGUUGUUAUUAUUAAUGUUUAAGACAAGAUAUGUAAGCAGGCACCAAUUGUUAACAUUUUUGUUUCAACAAAUUACGAGCAACAAAAUGGUCUAGGUAAGGAUUGCAAAGACAGUAACUUGGCCAUGUGGAGAAGAAUGAAAGGGAACAAAGUAGGGUAUUCCCAAAGGGUGCAUUCAAGAAAAAGAAACCUAUAUAGUGUAGUAGUGUAUAGAGUGAACUACACAGUCUGUAAAUUAACAGAAAUAGUAGAGGCUUGCAAAAGGUUGGGAAUUCAAAGUAAAUACAAAGUGAUUUUGUAAUACAAAGUAAAGUAUAAUUGCUUCAGAUUUUCUCUGCUUAGGCUAUUGUCUUCAUCAAUGAGCACAAUCGGGUUAUGAUAAAAUCAAUAUCUCUGGUAUGUGAGGCAGAAAGUAGUCAUCAGAGUCCUAUUGUGGUCUGCUCAUAAGUGAUGUGGGGAUUGGUAUUCAGCUAAAGUGAGAAAUGGGGUCAUGGAAGAAAAAUUGCCGCUUAAAACAGAAAGUGGUUUGACGUAUUUGUCUGUGAUGAAACUAGGCUAGGAUGGUCAUGGUCUAACAGAAAGAAAUUUCCAAGUGAGCAUUUCCUUGGGUACACUAGUAUGCUGUUAGUACAUUUGGAAUAUAGUUUAUGUAGAAACUGAGUCAGCAUUGGGAUCCACCUAUGUCUUUGUGGUUACGAGUUCUAAAAUAAUUAUUAACCUGUGUGAUUGGUGAUUUGGUAUACGGUAUUAUUUUAAUAUAUAUUUUAUUGGUGUCACCUUUUUUCUUUCUUCCAAUUCAGUUUUUUUUUUCC